AAGUGGUGUGAGCUGUCGUGCCGCUCUGGGCGUUGUGCCCCAGGUGUGUGUAAGAACGGGGGCACCUGUGUGAACCUUCUGGUGGGAGGGUUCAAGUGUGAGUGUCCGUCUGGCGGUUAUGAAAAGCCCUACUGUGAGAUGACCACCAGGAACUUCCCCCUGCAGUCCUUCCUCACCUUCAAGGGCCUCCGCCAGCGCUUCCACUUCACCCUCUCUCUCUCGUACGUACAACAACCACCCCACACAGUGUCACAUGGCCAUCUCAAUCAUUCACUUUCAUAGGACAGAAGAAUAUCCGUCAUUAUAAACUGGUUGGUUCGAGCCCUGAAUGCUGAUUUGGCUGACAGCCGUGGUAUAUCAGACCAUAUACCACAAGUAUGACAAAACAUUUUAUUUUUACUGCUCUAAUUACGUUGGCAACCAGUUUAUAAUAGCAAUAAAUCACCUCAGGGUUUGUGGUAUAUGGCCAAUAUACCACAGCUAAGGGCUGUAUCCAGGCACUCCGAGUUGCGUCGUGCAUAAGAACAGCCCUUAGCCGUGGUAUAUUGGCCAUACAGUGAGGGAAAAAAGUAUUUGAUCCCCUGCUGAUUUUGUACGUUUGCCCACUGACAAAGAAAUGAUCAGUCUAUAAUUUUAAUGGUAGGUUUAUUUGAACAGUGAGAGACAGAAUAACAACAACAAAAUCCAGAAAAACGCAUGUAAAAAAUGUUAUAAAUUGAUUUGCAUUUUAAUGAGGGAAAUAAGUAUUUGACCCCUCUGCAAAACAUGACUUAGUACUUGGUGGCAAACCCUUGUUGGCAAUCACAGAGGUCAGACGUUUCUUGUAGUUGGCCACCAGGUUUGCACACAUCUCAGGAGGGAUUUUGUCCCACUCCUCUUUGCAGAUCUUCUCCACGUCAUUAAGGUUUCGAGGCUGAUGUUUAGCAACUCAAACCUUCAGCUCCCUCCACAGAUGUUCUAUGGGAUUAAGGUCUGGAGACUGGCUAGGCAACUCCAGGACCUUAAUGUGCUUUUCUUGAGCCACUCCUUUGUUGCCUUGGCCAUGUGUUUUGGGUCAUUGUCAUGCUGGAAUACCCAUCGACGACCCAUUUUCAAUGCCCUGGCUGAGGGAAGGAGGUUCUCACCCAAGAUUUGACAGUACAUGGCCCCGUCCAUCGUCCCUUUGAUGCGGUGAAGUUGUCCUGUCCCCUUAGCAGAAAAACACCCCCAAAGCAUAAUGUUUCCACCUUCUUGUUUGACGGUGGGGAUGGUGUUCUUGGGGUCAUAGGCAGCAUUCCUCCUCCUCCAAACACGGCGAGUUGAGUUGAUGCCAAAGAGCUCCAUUUUGGUCUAUUCUGACCACAACACUUUCACCCAGUUCUCCUCUGAAUCAUUCAGAUGUUCAUUGGCAAACUUCAGACGGGCAUGUAUAUGUGCUUUCUUGAGCAGGGGGACCUUGCGGGCGCUGCAGGAUUUCAGUCCUUCACGGCGUAGUGUGUUACCAAUUGUUUUCUUGGUGACUAUGGUCCCAGCUGCCUUAAGAUCAUUGACAAGAUCCUCCCGUGUAGUUCUGGGCUGAUUCCUCACCGUUCUCAUGAUCAUUGCAACUCCACGAGGUGAGAUCUUGCAUGGAGCCCCAGAUUGACAGUUCUUUUGUGUUUCUUCCAUUUGCGAAUAAUCACACCAACUGUUGUCACCUUCUCACCAAGCUGCUUGGCGAUGAUCUUGUAGCCCAUUCCAGCCUUGUGUAGGUCUACAAUCUUGUCCCUGACAUCCUUGGAGAGCUCUUUGAUCUUGGGCCAUGGUGGAGAGUUUGGAAUCUGAUUGAUUGAUUGCUUCUGUGGACAGGUGUCUUUUCUACUGGUAACAAGCUGAGAUUAGGAGCACUCCCUUUAAGAGUGUGCUCCUAAUCUCAGCUCGUUACCUGUAUAAAAGACACCUGGGAGUCAGAAAUCUUUCUGAUUGAGAGGGGGUCAAAUACUUAUUUCCCUCAUUAAAAUGCAAAUCAAUUUAUAACAUUUUUGACAUGCAUUUUUCUGGAUUUUUUUGUUGUUUUUCUGUCUCUCACUGUUCAAAUAAACCUACCAUUAAAAUUAUAGACUGAUCAUUUCUUUGCCAGUGGGCAAACGUACAAAAUCAGCAGGGGAUCAAAUACUUUUUUCCCUCACUGUAUACCACACCCCCUCAGGCCUUAUUGUUUAAAUAUACUACUGUGACUCACUCCACCUCUCUCAUCCUUACUCCCACUACUACUCCCUCUUUCUCUCUUUUUUUAUGACUCCUUUUCUCUCUAACACUACACAUACUCUCUCUCUCUCUCAAGUAUCCCACAACUGCUCUUACACUCUCACACUUCUAAUGGCCUGUGAUGCAUGAUUAUUCCUCCGUCCUCUCAUUAGCAUAAGCGUCCUGGUGUUUCAUAACAGUUAUUGAAUAAUUGAAUAGCUGUAGUCUUUAAAAGUCUAAUCUCUUCUAGCUGUUUUGGGGUUCCCUGAGCAUGGUGAGUAUGUAUGUAUGUAUGUAUGUAUGUAUGUACAGCUGCAGUCGGAAGUUUACAUACACCUUAGCCAAAUACAUUUAAACUCAGUUUUUCACAAUUCCUGACAUUUAAUCCUAGUAAAAAUUCCCUCUUUUAGGUCAGUUAGGAUCACCACUUUAUUUUAAGAAUGUGAAAUGUCAGAAUAAUAGUAGAGAGAAUGAUUUAUUUCAACUUUUAUUUCUUUCAUCACAUUCCCAGUGGGUCAGAAGUUUACAUACACUCAAUUAGUAUUUGGUAGCAUUGCUUUUAAAUUGUUUAACUUGGGUCAAACGUUUCGGAUAGCCUUCCACAAGCUUCGCACAAUAAGUUGGGUGAAUUUUGGCCCAUUCCUCCUGUCAGAGCUGGUGUAACUGAGUCAGGUUUGUAGGCCUCCUUGCUCGCACACGCUUUUUCAGUUCUGCCCACAUAUUUUCUAUAGGACUGAGGUCAGGGCUUUGUGAUGGCCACUCCAAUACCUUGACUUUGUUGUCCUUAAGCCAUUUUGCCACAACUUUGGAAGAAUGCUUGGGGUCGUCGUUUCAUUUGGAAGACCCAUUUGCGACCAAGCUUUAACUUCCUGACUGAUGUCUUGAGAUGUUGCUUCAAUAUAUCCACAUAAUUUUCCUUCCUCAUGAUGCCAUCUAUUUUGUGAAGUGCACCAGUCCCUCCUGCAGCAAAGCACCCCCACAGCAUGAUGCUGCCACCCCCGUGCUUCACGGUUGGGAUGGUGUUCUUCGGCUUGCAAGCCCCCCCAUUUUUUCCUCCAAACAUAACGAUGGUCAUUAUGGCCAAACAGUUCUAUUUUUGUUUCAUCAGACCAGAGGACAUUUCUCCAAAAAGUACGAUCUUUGUCCCCAUGUGCAGUUGCAAACCGUAGUCUGGCUUUUUUAUGGCGGUUUUGGAGCAGUGGUUUCUUCCUUGCUGGGCGGCCUUUCAGGUUAUGUCGAUAUAGAACUCGUUUUACUGUAGAUACUUUUGUACCUGUUUCCUCCAGCAUCUUCACAAGGUCCUUUACUGUUGUUCUGGGAUUGAUUUACACUUUUUGCAGCAAAGUAUCUUCAUCUCUAGGAGACAGAACGCGUCUCCUUCCUGAGCGGUAUGACGGCUGCGUGGUCCCAUGGUGUUUAUACUUGCGUACUAUUGUUUGUACAGAUGAACGUGGUACCUUCAGGCGUUUGGAAAUUGCUCCCAAGGAUGAACCAGACUUGUGGAGGUCUACAAUUUGUUUUCUGAGGUCUUGGCUGAUUUCUUUUGAUUUUCCCAUGAUGUCAAGCAAAGAGGCACUGAGUUUGCAGGUAGGCCUUGAAAUACAUCCACAGGUACACCUCCAAUUGACUCAAAUGAUGUUGGAAAAAUUACUUGUGUCAUGCACAAAGUAGAUGUCCUAACCGACUUGCCAAAACUAUAGUUUGUUAACAAGAAAUGUGUGGAGUGGUUGAAAAACACGUUUUAAUGACUCCAACCUAAGUGUAUGUAAACUUCCGACUUCAAAUCAAAUUUUAUUGGUCACAUGCACCGAAUACAACAGGUGCAGACAUUACAGUGAAAUGCUUACUUACAGCCCUUAACCAACAGUGCAUUUAUUUUUAACAAAAAAAGUAAAAAUAAAACAACAACAAAAAAAGUGUUGAGAAAAAAAGAGCAGAAGUAAAAUAAAAUAACAGUAGGGAGGCUAUAUAUACAGGGGGGUACCGGUGCAGAGUCAAUGUGCGGGGGCACCGGCUAGUUGAGAUAGUUGAAGUAAUAUGUACAUGUGGGUAGAGUUAAAGUGACUAUACAUAAAUAAUUAACAGAGUAGCAGCAGCGUAAAAAGGAUGGGGUGGGGGGGCAGUGCAAAUAGUCCGGGUAGCCAUGAUUAGCUGUUCAGGAGUCUUAUGGCUUGUAUGUAUGUAUGUACAGUGGCUUGCGAAAGUAUUCACCCCCCUUGGCCUUUUUCCUAUUCUGUUGUCUUACAACCUGGAAUUAAAAUAGAUUUUUUGGGGGUUUGUAUCAUUUGAUUUACACAACAUGCCUACCACUUUGAAGAUGCAAAGUCAAUACUUUGUAGAGCCACCUUUUGCAGCAAUUACAGACUGCAAGUCUCUUGGGGUAUCUCUCUAUAAGCUUGGCACAUCUAGCAACAGGGAUUUUUGUCAUUCCACAGAUUCUCAAUUGGAUUGAGGUCUGGGCUUUGACUAGGCCAUUCCAAGACAUUUACAUGUUUCCCCUUAAACCACUCAAGUGUUGCUUUAGCAGUAUGCUUAGGGUCAUUGUCCUGUUGGAAGGUGAACCUCCGUCCCAGUCUCAAAUCUCUGGAAGACUGAAACAGGUUUCCCUCAAGAAUUUCCCUGUAUUUAGCGCCAUCCAUCAUUCCUUCAAUUCUGACCAGUUUCCCAGUCCCUGCCGAUGGAAAAACAUCCCCAUAGCAUGAUGCUUCCACCACCAUGCUUCACUGUGGGGAUGGUGUUCUCGGGGUGAUGAGAGGUGUUGGGUUUGCGCCAGACAUAGCGUUUUCCAUGAUGGCCAAAAAGCUCAAUUUUAGUCUCAUCUGACCAGAGUACCUUCUUCCAUAUGUUUGGGGAGUCUCCCACAUGCCGUUUGGCGAACACCAAACUUGUUUGCUUAUUUUUUUCUUUAGGCAAUGGCUUUUUCCUGCCCACUCUUCCGUAAAGCCCAGCUCUGGAGUGUACGGCUUAAAGUGGUCCUAUGGACAUACGCCAAUCUCCGCUGUGGAGCUUUGCAGCUCCUUCAGGCUUAUCUUUGGUCUCUUUGUUGCCUCUCUGAUUAAUGCCCUCCUUGCCUGGUCCGUGAGUUUUGGUGGGCAGCCCUGUGUUGGCAGGUUUGUUGUGGUGCCACAGUCUUUCCAUUUUUUAAUAAUGGAUUUAAUGGUGCUCCGUGGGAUGUUCAAAGUUUCAGAUAUUUUUUUAUAACCCAACCCUGAUCUGUACUUCUCCACAACUUUGUCCCUGACCUGUUUGGAGGGCUCCUUGGUCUUCAUGGUGCCGCUUGCUUGGUGGUGCCCCUUGCUUAGUGGUGUUGCAGACUCUGGGGCCUUUCAGAACAGGUGUAUAUAUACUGAGAUCAUGUGACAGAUCAUGUGACACUUAGAUUGCACACAGGUGGACUCUAACUAAUUAUGUGAUUUCUGAAGGUAAUUGGUUGCACCAGAUCUUAUUUAGGGGCUUCAUAGCAAAGGCGGUGAAUACAUAUGCACACACCACUUUUCCGUUAUUUAUUUUGUAGAAUUUUCUUAAACUAUUAAUUUUUUUCAUUUCACUUCACCAAUUUGGACUAUUUGUGUAUGUCCAUUACAUGAAAUCCAAAUAAAAAUCCAUUUAAAUUACAGGUUGUAAUGCAACAAAAUAGGAAAAAUGCCAAGGGGGAUGAAUACUUUUGCAAGGCACUGUAUGUAUGUAUAGAGAGAGAGGUUUCUAAUGGGGGUGAAGGAGAAGAAGCCCAGCUGCCUGAGGACUUACUGUUUCUGGACUGGCUCAUUGCCUAACCGAGGACAUUCAUCUGAGACCCAGGAGUCUGAUCUUAUUACACUCAGUGUUGACUUUGAGCAGUGAGUCAUCGCAUGGCCUAUUUCUCCUCCUCAGUUGCUCUCAUCGAGGUGAAUCUGGAGAUAUGCACUGUCUGCCCCUAGGGUUUGUGUGUGUGCAGUUGCAUGUGUGUCUUGCUAAUAAAUCCUACACCUAGGGUGCCCUCAUCCUGGGAUGCCUAGAUACUUUGGAAACAUGUAUUCGCUCUCAAUUGACAGCCAUCCAGUUUCAGCACUAAUUCAUAAUGGGUGACAUUUGUCUGAUACAGGUACAGCAAGUUGUAUUUUAAGACCAAAUUCACAGCCUAGUAUCUUGUUAGAAGGUGCCAGGGGAGGGUGGUGUUUUGAAAUUAAACCGAUGAAGACUAAUCACCGAACACAGUCAAUCACACUAAAGUACACUACCGUUCAAAAGUUUGGGGUCACUUAGAAAUGUCCUUGUUUUUGAAAGAAAAGCAAUUUUUUUGUCCAUUAAAAUAACAUCAAAUUGAUCAGAAAUACAGUGUAGCCAUUGUUAAUGUUGUAAAUGGCUAUUGUUGCUGGAAACGGCUGAUUUUUAAUGGAAUAUCUACAUAGACGUACAGAGGCCCUACAUAGACGUACAAUGGCACGUUGUGUUUUCUAAUCCAAGUUUAUCAUUUUAAAAGGCUAAUUGAUCAUUAGAAAACCCUUUUGCAAUUAUGUUAGCACAGCUGAAAACUGUUGUGCUGAUUAAAGAAGCAAUAAAACUGUCCUUCUUGAGACUAGUUGAGUAUCUGGAGCAUCAGCAAUUGUGGGUUCAAUUAUAGGCUCAAAAUGGCCAGAAACAAAGAACUUUCAUCUGAAACUCGUCAGUCUAUUCUUGUUCUGAGAAAUGAAGGCUAUUCCAUGCAAGAAAUUGCCAAGAAACUGAAGAUCUCCUACAACGCUGUGUACUACUCCCUUCACAGAACCAAGUAGAAAGGGGAGUGGGAGGCCCCGGUGCACAACUGAGCAAGAGGACAAAUACAUUAGUGUCUAGUUUGAGAAACAGGCGCCUCACAGGUCCUCAACUGGCAGCUUCAUUAAAUAGCACCCGCAAAACACCAGUCUCAACGUCAACAGUGUAGAGGCGACUCCGGGAUGCUGAUCUUAUAGGCAGAGUUGCAAAGAAAAAGCCAUAUCUCAGACUGGCCAAUAAAAAUAAAAGGUUAAGAUGGGCAGUCUGAGAUAUGGCUUUUUCUUUGCAACUCAAAAAAUUGCUUUUCUUUCGAAAACAACGACAUUUCUAAGUGACCCCAAACCUUUGAACGGUAGUGUACAUUCAUGUGAAUGAGACGAGGCUACAUUGAUAUUAAUUAUAUUCUUCAUCCCAAGUGACAAUCAUAGCAAAGACAAUACCCCCAGUUGCUAUCACUGUCAGAAUUGGCAUUUGUAUCUACCUUUGUAAUGUGUUGUCUCUCUAGAAGUGCUUGGCAGGGCUUGAAACUAGCUGUUAAUGGCUAGAGGUGAUAUUGAUACGCCUUUGAGUUUUAUGGAAGUGGUGGCCUUGCUUUAAAUGUGGCUCGGAUGGCAGUCUUUUUGGAUUUAGAAUUGCUCCGACCUGUUUCUUAAAAGCAUUGGAUGGUAGUUCCCAGAUUGCUGCCAGAGCUGUGAAGAAGGCGGGGUGUAAAGCUGGGGAUAUAACAGCUAAGACCCAGCAGGCUGUCUGUCAGGCAUCUCUGUUACCUGAACCUGGCUUGAUCAAGUUACUGUCGUAAAGAGCUUUUCUCAUGGGGAAUCCUCCCAGUGAGUUGGAGCCUGUAGACUGGACUGCAGUAGAGAUAGUUAGCAGGAAGAGGGAGCAGGAAGUGUGUUGAAAGUGUGAGGGGAAGGGGAGAGCUGAAAAUGUGUCUAUAGCUAGGUUUCCAUCCAAUUGGCGACAGAUUUUCAUGUGAAUAUUAUAAAAUCUGCAUAAAAACAAUAUGUGCAUUUUCACACCAGAGAAGUGUUUCCAUCAAAUUGACUUGCUGUUGAUAAAAGACUGCAUGAUGACGUAGUGCACAUAAAAUAACUUUUGCGGUUAAAUUCCCAUGUACCGAAUAAAGAAUGCAGGUUAAAUGGGUUUCCAUCGCAUUUUCAACUCUACUGAUGUUUUUUUCACAAAACAUGUUGGGUUCUGUAGCAAAUGUGCCCACUCUGGUCUUGGCACGUGUGCUCUAGCUAACAACUUGCAGAUACAGUGUGGGUAUAGCCUACUAUAUGAUAUUAUUAUGGACAACAGGAGCAAGGUUAUUUUUAUUUGUUUCCAUCAGGCCUGUCGUGACAUGUUUUAUCCAACAUGUACUUUACUCGCAUAAAAAGGUUGGAUGGAGACCUGGUUACCAGAAACCGUCUUAGGAGCAACAUUUUUAUCACAUAUUUUAAUAUUACCUCUCACAUUGUGUCACGAAUGUUGAGAGACGGGUCGGACCAAGGUGCAGCGUGAAAAGCGUACAUGUUUAUUAACUAAAUAAACAUUCAAGAAACAAUGUAACAUGAAGUCCAAAAGGCUAUACACAUACCAGCCUAACAGGAACAAGAUCCCACCAAUACACAGUCGGCAAUGGGCUACCUAAGUAUGAUCCCCAAUCAGAGACAACGAGCGACAGCUGUCUCUGAUUGGGAAUCCCACCCGGCCAAACAUAGAAACACAACCUAGAACUGCAACAUAGAAAUAGACUAACUAGAACAUAAACAGAAUUCCACACCCUGACUCAACAAACAAGAGUUCUAUAGGUCAGGGCGUGACACAUUGUUAGUAUUCAUGUCAUGUUCCUCUGAUUGACAUGGAAACACCACACCCAUCAUGUCUGAUACAGCUACAUCAACUUGCCAUUACACCGUGGGCAUCACCCUUCUAUACUUUAAUAUGGGUGGACUGGUUGUUAUCUUUGUAAAUGGCUGCCUAAUGUGACAUAUAAUGUUGCCAGUGGAGUCAGUUAUAUUAUGGUUGAUUGCACUCAGUCCGGGGGGAUCUUGAAGAGGUGUACACAAGCCUUUGAAACCUAUUCAUUGAUGACUAGUACAAUUUCUUGAUGAUAACCAUUUUUGCUCUGAUUAAUAUUAGCAUAAGAUACAGUUGAAGUCGGAAGUUUACAUACACUUAGGUUGGAGUCAUUAAAACUCGUUUUUCAACCACUCCACAAAUUUCUUCUUAAUAAACUAUAGUUUUGGCAAGUCGGUUAGGACAUCUACUUUGUGCAUGACACAAGUAAUUUUUCAAACAAUUGUUUGCAGACAGAUUAUUUCACUUAUAAUUCACUGUAUCACAAUUCCAGUGGGUCAGAAGUUUACUGUGCCUUUAAACAGCUUUGGAAAUUCCAGAAAAUGACCUUUAGAAGCUUCUGAUAGGCUAAUUGACAUCAUUUGAGUCAAUUAGAGGUGUACCUGUGGAUGAAUUUCAAGGCCUACCUUCAAACUCAGUGUCUCCUUGCUUGACAUCAUGGGAAAAUCAAAAGAAAUCAGCCAAGACCUCAGAAAAAAAAUGGUAGACCUCCACAAGUCUGGUUCAUCCUUGGGAGCAAUAUCCAAAUGCCUGAAGGUACCAUGUUCAUCUGUACAAACAAUAGUACGCAAGUAUAAACACCAUGGGACCACACAGCCGUCAUACCGCUCAGGAAGGAGACGCGUUCUGUCUCCUAAAGAUGAACGUACUUUGGUGCGAAAAGUGCAAACCAAUCCCAGAACAACAGCAAAGGACCUUGUGAAGAUGCUGGAGGAAACAGGUACACAAGUAUCUAUAUCCACAGUAAAACGAGUCCUAUAUCGACCUAACCUGAAAGGCCGCUCAGCAAGGAAGAAGCCACUGCUCCAAAACCGCCAUAAAAAAGCCUGACUAAGGUUUGCAACUGCACAUGGGGACAAAGAUCUUACUUUUUGGAGAAAUGUCCUCUGGUCUGAUGAAACAAAAAUAGAACUGUUUGGCCAUAAUGACCAUCGUUAUGUUUGGAGGAAAAAGAGGGACUUGCAAGCUGAAGAACACCAUCCCAAUUGUGAAGCACGGGGUGGCAGCAUCAUGCUGUGGGGGUGCUUUGCUGCAAGAGGGACUGGUGCACUUCACAAAAUAGAUGGCAUCAUGAGGAAGGAAAAUUAUGUGGAGAUAUUGAAGCAACAUCUCAAGACAUCAGUCAGGAAGUUAAAGCUUGGUCGUAAAUGGGUCUUCCAAAUGGACAAUGACCCCAAGCAUACUUCCAAAUUUGUGGCAAAAUGGCUAAAGAACAACAAGGUAUUGGAGUGGCCAUCACAAAGCCCAGACCUCAAUCCUAUAGAAAAUGUGUGGGCAGAACUGAAAAAGCGUGUGCGAGCAAGGAGGCCUACAAACCUGAACCAAAAUGAACCCAACUUAUUGUGGGAAGCUUGUGGAAGGCUACCUGAAACGUUUGACUCAAGUUAAACAAUUUAAAGUCCAUGCUACCAAAUACUAAUUGAGUGUACAGUGGGGAAAAAAAGUAUUUAGUCAGCCACCAAUUGUGCAAGUUCUCCCACUUAAAAAGAUGAGAGAGGCCUGUAAUUUUCAUCAUAGGUACACGUCAACUAUGACAGACAAAUUGAGGAAAAAAAUUCCAGAAAAUCACAUUGUAAGAUUUUUUAUGAAUUUAUUUGCAAAUUAUGGUGGAAAAUAAGUAUUUGGUCAAUAACAAAAGUUUCUCAAUACUUUGUUAUAUACCCUUUGUUGGCAAUGACACAGGUCAAACGUUUUCUGUAAGUCUUCACAAGGUUUUCACACACUGUUGCUGGUAUUUUGGCCCAUUCCUCCAUGCAGAUCUCCUCUAGAGCAGUAAUGUUUUGGGGCUGUCGCUGGGCAACACGGACUUUCAACUCCCUCCAAAGAUUUUCUAUGGGGUUGAGAUCUGGAGACUGGCUAGGCCACUCCAGGACCUUGAAAUGCUUCUUACGAAGCCACUCCUUCAUUGCCCAGGCGGUGUGUUUGGGAUCAUUGUCAUGCUGAAAGACCCAGCCACGUUUCAUCUUCAAUGCCCUUGCUGAUGGAAGGAGGUUUUCACUCAAAAUCUCAUGAUACAUGGCCCCAUUCAUUCUUUUCUUUACAUGAUUCAGUCGUCCUGGUCCCUUUGCAGAAAAACAGCCCCAAAGCAUGAUGUUUCCACCCCCAUGCUUCACAGUAGGUAUGGUGUUCUUUGGAUGCAACUCAGCAUUCUUUGUCCUCCAAACACGACGAGUUGAGUUUUUACCAAAAAGUUAUAUUUUGGUUUCAUCUGACCAUAUGACAUUCUCCCAAUCCUCUUCUGGAUCAUCCAAAUGCACUCUAGCAAACUUCAGACGGGCCUGGACAUGUACUGGCUUAAGCAGGGGGACACUGCAGGAUUUGAGUCCCUGGCGGCGUAGUGUGUUACUGAUGGUAGGCUUUGUUACUUUGGUCCCAGCUCUCUGCAGGUCAUUCACUAGGUCCCCCCGUGUGGUUCUGGGAUUUUUGCUCACCGUUCUUGUGAUCAUUUUGACCCCACGGGGUGAGAUCUUGCGUGGAGCCCCAGAUCGAGGGAGAUUAUCAGUGGUCUUGUAUGUCUUCCAUUUCCUAAUAAUUGCUCCCACAGUUGAUUUCUUCAAACCAAGCUGCUUACCUAUUGCAGAUUCAGUCUUCCCAGCCUGGUGCAGGUCUACCAUUUUGUUUCUGGUGUCCUUUGACAGCUCUUUGGUCUUGGCCAUAGUGGAGUUUGGAGUGUGACUGUUUGAGGUUGUGGACAGGUGUCUUUUAUACUGAUAACAAGUUCAAACAGGUGCCAUUAAUACAGGUAACGAGUGGAGGACAGAGGAGCCUCUUAAAGAAGAAGUUACAGGUCUGUGAGAGCCAGAAAUCUUGCUUGUUUGUAGGUGACCAAAUACUUAUUUUCCACCAUAAUUUGCAAAUAAAUUCAUAAAAAAUCCUACAAUGUGAUUUUCUGGAAAUUUUUUCCUCAAUUUGUCUGUCAUAGUUGACGUGUACCUAUGAUGAAAAUUACAGGCCUCUCUCAUCUUUUUAAGUGGGAGAACUUGCACAAUUGGUGGCUGACUAAAUACUUUUUUUCCCCACUGUAUGUAAACAUCUGACCCACUGGGAAUGUGAUGAAAGAAAUAAAAGCUGAAAUAAAUUAUUCUCUCUACUAUUAUUCUGACAUUUCACAUUCUUAAAAUAAAGUGGUGAUCCUAACUGACCUAAAACAGGGAAUUUGAAACUAGGAUUAAAUGUCAUUAAUUGUGAAAAACUGAGUUUAAAUGUAUUUGGGUAAGGUGUAUGUAAACUUCCGAUUUCAACUGUAUAACACAGGAGAUAUUCUGUUUGAGAUAUUCAGUGUUAUUCAGAUGGAGCUUGUGUGUUUUUCUCAUCUUCCCUCUUCUUCUGAGGUCAUGAUUAUCAUUCUCCUCAGUAAGCAGGUCAGCAGUGCUGUGCCCCAUGGCUACGCUCAGAAUAAUGCAUGCACGCUUCCACACUGACACACACACACACACACACACAACGCAUACAUGCGCACAGACACAUGCACACAUCCUCCCAACAUUCACCCAAAAUGUCUCCCAACAUGCUCCAAGAGCAUCCCUAGACACCAUUUCAGAUCUCUGGAAUCUCACCCUCAUUUGAAAAAGAAGUCAGUAGGCUUCAUCCGUCUGACAGGGUCUCCAUCUGAACAGGCAGAUGCGGACUAGAAGCGCCAACGAGUCACACCAGUCACACAGACGACAGGGCUCUCAGUUCUCCGACAGAUGUUCAGAAUUUUCAAAAAAGUGUCAAACAGAACAGAUCCACUGUGUGGUCCCUUGGGACAGGAAUGAGGGGAAACGAUUUUCUGGCUUAAUAAUUAUCUGGUAACCUUUGCAUUUGGCCUGGGCUGCAAUAUCAUUUUAUAAGAUAAUCUAUAUAUGCAAAAGUAUAUGGACACCCUUCAAAUGAGUGGAUUUGGCUAUUUCAGCCACACCCGUUGCUGACAGGUGUAUAAAAUCGAGCACACAGCCAUGCAAUCUCCAUAGACAAACAUUGGCAGUAGAAUGGCUUUACUGAAGAGCUCAGUGACUUUCAACGUGGCACCGUCAUAGGAUGCCACCUUUCCAACAAGUCAUUUUGUGAAAUUUCUGCCCUGCUAGAGCUGCCCCGGUCAACUGUAAGUGCUGUUAUUGUGAAGUGGAAACAUCUAGGAGCAACAACGGCUCAGCCGCGAACUGGUAGGCCACACAAGCUCACAGAACGGGACCGCUGAAGCACAUAGCACGUAUAAAUCGUCUGUCCUCACUUGCAACACUCACUACCGAGUACCAAACUGCCUCUGGAAGCAACAUCAGCACAAAAACUGUUCAUCGGGAGCUUCAUGAAAUGGGUUUCCAUGGCCGAGCAGCCACACACAAGCCUAAGAUCACCAUGCGCAAUGGCAAGCGUCGGCUGGAGUGGUGUAAUGCUCGCCGCCAUUGGACUCUGGAGCAGUGGAAACACGUUCUCUGGAGUGAUCAAUCACGCUUCACCAUCUGACAGUCUGACGGACAAAUAUGUGUUUGGCAGAUGCCAGGAGAACGCUACCUGGCCCAAUGCAUAGUGCCAACUGUAAAGUUUGGUGGAGGAGGAAUAAUGGUCUGGGGCUGUUUUUCAUGGUUCGGGCUAGGCCCCUUAGUUUCAGUGAAGGGAAAUCUUAACGCUACAGCAUACAAUUAUAUUCUAUUCUUCCAACUUUGUGGCAACAGUUUGGGGAAGGCCCUUUUCUGUUUCAGCAUGACAAUGCCCCCGUGCACAAAGUGAGGUCCAUACAGAAAUGGUUUGUUGAUCGGUGUGGAAGAACUUGACUGGCCUGCACAGAGCCCUUACCUCAACCCCAUCGAACACCUUUGGGAUGAAUUGGAAUGCCGACUGCGAGCCAGGCCUAAUUGCCCAACAUCAGUGCCCGACCUCACUAAUGCUCUUGUGGCUGAAUGGAAGCAAGUUCCUGCAUUAAUGUAGUGGAAAUCUAGUGGAAAGCCUUCCCAGAUGAGUGGAUGCUGUUAUAGCAGCAAAGUGGGGACCAACUCCAUAUUAAUGCCCAUGAUUUUGGAAUGAGAUGUUCGAUGAGCAGGUGUCCACAUACUUUUGAUCAUGUAGUGUAACAGUGUCAUUCAUUUACAUUGAUUUUAAUGAGCUCCACUGAGAUAUUUUUACCUUUGUGGUAAAUCAAAUUAAGACCAUUUAGAACUCAAUGUGACCCAAUUAUUUGAUGCCUUUGUAAAACCAGUGUGGUUUUAUUUUAUACCCUGUGGUCUCUGCAGUUGGACCGUGUCUGUCGUUCCUUGAAUCCCAGGCGAUCGGGAGCGUGAGUGGUGUAGGCUCUGGAAGGAAGCCAGAGAGGCAGAGGUGCACUGGCGUGUUCAAAUUUGUCUAACUGUGCGUUAACAUGACAUUAACUGACAACACCACAACGACCCCUGGCACUAUAAACUAGGUUUCUUGUCUUUGUCUCUUCAGAAAUAAAAGUGUAAAUGCAGAUUGCGGUUGUUUAGUUGCAGCCUGUUUUUAUUUACUCCUCUUUGAGAAAACAUCAUAUGCUUUUUUCUGUGGUUAUACAGUAACUACCUCAGUUCUGCCUAGUUCCUCCUCUGCUUGUUAAAAUAAUACUGCAUCUCCUCAUUGCUGCAAACCAUUAUUAUCAUUCUGAGCUCAGUCUAUUAUUUCCAUAUUAUACAGUAAAGGCUGCACAUGCAUUAUGCUUCCUGCAUCAGUGUAGUGUAGUGUUUAUUAUGCUGUAGCAUUGACAUUGUAUUAGUUUGUCACUUCUUAUCAGAACAUAUUUUCAUCUCACUCUGUGUGUAGUCACUAUCCACGGCAUGCUGUCUUUGAGUUUAUGGGGUGUAUCAUGCUCCAUGCCUAGCUGCAGAUAUUCUCAGUAUCAGACAAAGCACGGUGCUCAGGAUAGUUAACCCUGUUGGGUGCUCAGUGAUCUAUGGAGAACUGCUGCGUUGUUAAAUCUAGCCCUCUCUGCUCCUCAAUGGUGAAUCAUAAGGCACAGUGCAUCAAUAAGCCCUCCUAGUAAUCUAAUAGGAAAGGAAAACAGUUGUUUUCUGUUGCGUUCAAAAUCUGUAUCCUCUGCUAUAGUAGGGCAUGUCAGUCAGUACACUGUUUGACUUCCUUGUGUCGAGAGUACUGGAUGGGGUUCUAUAUGCAAGAGGUAGUCCCCUGUAGCUCAGUUGAUAGAGCAUGGCGCUUGCAACGCCAGGGUUGUGGGUUUGUUUCCCACGGGGGGCCAGUAUGAAAAUGUAUGCACUCACUAACUGUAAGUCGCUCUGGAUAAGAGCCUCUGCUAAAUGGCUAAAAUGUAAAUGUAAAAGGCUACACCUCAUAUUGAUACAGAACCAUUUAGACAUGUUGCUGAGAUCUUCGACGUUCAAUUUGGAUGUUGAAAAUGCAUUUAUUGCAGAAAUAAUUAGUUAUAUUUACAGAAUUAUGCCCUUAUGCCCUCAAUACUACAAGUAUGGCAAAAUCCUUUGUGCAGAAAUAUACUGCCUUAAAUGCAUCUUGGUGUAUUCUUCCCCUCACAAAGACCUCUGUUCAGUGAAAAGACUGUUUACUCUGUCUUGGUGUCUUUGGCUGUGAAUGGACACUCUGUGAGCCCAGUUUCUUUCUGUCUUCCAGGUUCGCCACAAAGGAACCAAACGGUUUGUUACUCUACAAUGGCCGCUUCAACGAGAAGCAUGACUUCAUCGGUGUGGAAAUCAUCAACAAGCAGAUCCAGCUCACCUUCUCUGCAGGUAGGAGGGGAUCUGUUAGAGCACGUCAGUCAAUUUACCCCAAAUCUACAUUUGGUUGUUUUUGAAAUAUCAUCAUGUGAUUAUUGUUGCAGGUGUUGACACACUGAAGCCCUGAUUCAAUGAUGUGUGAGUAACUUUUGCUGACUGUUAAAUUUUUUUAGGUGAGACCAAGACGACUGUGUCACCGUAUAUCCUUGGAGGUGUCAGUGAUGGCCAGUGGCAUGUGGUCCAAGUUUACUACUACAACAAGGUAUGUCAGAGAGAAACCUGUGAUGGGCUGGUCCUUGUGAUCCUACAAGAUGUAGACUGGUUCAACAGUUGACAAAACACAGAUUUGCUGGGUCUGGGCUGAGAUAUAACUUGGGUCUAGACUAGCCUCUGCCGAGUCCCCAACAACUGGAUGUUCCUGUUUUCAGGGAAAUGGAAAGAGAGCCUCUAACGCGACUUCUGCUUUUGGACGUUAUUAACAAGGCGACACUCCAUCUUAACUCCUCCUCCACAUUUACUGGAUUGGCUGAACAGUGCAGAAAACCUCCCCCAACUGUUUUUUUUUCUUCUUCUUCUUACCAAGACCAGUAUGUAGGGGAUCUAGUUUCAGGCGUUUCUUUUUCUCCUGCUACUUUAGGUAAAGACUGACUUGAGCUCUUUGUGGUGCAAAGGUCAGACUAGGUACCGAAAAGGCCCACUAUAGGCUUGGCUUUAUCAGACCCCACUCUGAAGCCCUGAGCAGGAGGACUAAGAGCAGUUAAUUUCCAACAUCAGUACAGUACAUGCCUAAACUGAAUUAUGUUUGUCUCUUACCACAGACUUGAAAUAACAGACAUAUUUUCUUAACAUGUUUGGCCUGCAAUUGACUUGCAUACCGGUAAUUGAUUUAUGAAUGUUGUGUAGUAUUGUGAGUAGAAAUACCUGUAAAUUCUGGUAGAUCUGGAUAUACAUUUAUACUGUACUUAGUGUCCUGCUGAUUCCAUAUCCAUUUAUACUAGACCAGCUGUACUUCAUUAAGUGUCUGACAGUGACUGUCUAUAGAGUGAUGAGGGUAGUGAUUCUAGUUGGACCACACUGGGAGUAGAAUACCCUGAAUCCUCUGUGGAGGUUCACUUUGCAGCUUCCUGUUAGAACUGCUGCUGUGUCAUUCCAGAGAACCACCGUUGAUGGGACAGUGGAAUGGGAAGCGUGCCAGACAGACAUAGGAGGAAUGAGAGCGGGAGAAAAGGAGAGAGGGAGGGGGGAUGAGACAGCCAGACAGAGGAAUAAUAUAAUAAAAGAAACUCUCCAUACAAACGAGAUAUAAGCUUCAAAACUUAUUUAUUUCCAUAUCAAUCAGUGAAGAAUGCAUGGAACUAUAACCCCCACCCCACUAACCCUUCCUCCCUUACACCCAUCCUUUUCAGACCCCCCCCAGACCAACACACAGGAUGUUACAUUUUAGUCUAUUCAGGAAGUCACUUUGCAUCAUAAAGCUGUUGCUAGGCAACCUCCCUAGUGUGGGUAUUCUAUUCAUGGUCAAUGAUAACAUGGCCAUGUCAGAUUUCAGCCAGCAGAAUGUGAGGGAACACUUCUCGUGAGCCAUUGGAGGAAAAGUAUUUGGUGAGGACAUUAUUCUCUCAAUCACUUUUUUUUACAAUCCAACAAGUCCAAUGAAAGUCUCCAUCUUUUGUUUUAAUGUUGACCUAGUCGUUUUUGAAUUAAACAGACAAUGGCAGUCUCCAGUGACCUACAAAGCGUUUCCUCUUGAGUGCCCACCGUCUACACUGUAAUGCCUUUGAUUAGGUGUUUUCUUUACUAUCACAUUUUACCAGCUAGUUUCCUACUCAUCAUUUGCGCAAUACAAAGCAUGAAGUCAAUAACAUGGAACAACCAUAAUUUUAGGCAGAGGCCCAGACCAAUGGAAGGGACAUAUUCCUAGAAAACUGCCCAGAGAUCAUUCAGGGGCCUAGUUGAACUAAUCCCCCCAAAUUAAAAUUCUCAGCCGCUGCAGCAGCAAUGGGCUCAUUGGUCCAAAUCCAGUGAGUCAUGGAGGUAGAAUGAUGGCUCCUCCCAUCUGAGGUAUCCCACGCCUACCGGCCCUCCCAGGCCUGUUCCUGUCCGCGUGGGGUAGGUGGGAUGAGGUGGGGCGGAUUUUAGAUUGAAAUGUGCCUUUCAGGGGAAAGGGGGAGUGUGGAGAAUGGCAAUGAUCACUGCCUUUGUGCUUCUCUCGGCCUCCAAUGGGACCAUGGGCGGUGAAUGAUGCGGCCCCAGGGAAGGUGCCUGGGAGAGGAGCGAAGAAACUGGGCAGGAGAGGAGCGAAAGGAGGGAAAAGAAAGGCAAGAGAGAAGUAUUGACUUGGGCUUUGAGCGGGACACUGCGCUUCAGGGCUAACCUCUCUGGUUGCUAUGGUGUUUCCAAUCAAUCUCAGAUCUCCUAUUACUGUUGUUUGCUCCCAUGCCCCUCCUGUCUAUCCAUGGGUGAUGGUGAACUCAUAUUCCCAGGAUUCCCUGUCACCCCGUUGGGAGGGGAACAGUGUUUAAUGUAUUCCUGAGUAAAUAUGUGCUCUCCAAUCAUCUCUGACAGGCCAAGGCUUUGUGUAGCAGACAGAGCGGCUGACAGACAGUAGCAGAGAGUCAUUACAGGAGAGUCAACAACCGUGACUGAUGGGGGCUGUAGUUCAGCGAGCCAGGGGCUGCUGGGAGUGAUGGCCCAAUGUGUAGGUCAGUGAAAGAACCAGCGAAUCUGGACCACAGUCUGUUCCGGACCUUUCUCAACUGAGGGGAACUGUGGAAAAGAGCGUGUCGGGUGAUUUGAUGUGUGACCAUUCUAACAGACCAUCUCACACUGCCGGUUUGUUUGUUUCGGAGUCCCAACAAAUUAGUUUCCCACUGCCUCACCAGGGGUCAACUAAACGAUGAAGACAUUUUGGUCAACAAUCUUGUGAAUGGAAGGUUUAGAGGUUCAUAGGUUCUUUCUACCUUUCUAGUAGGCCGGUGUGUUGUGAAUAAUGAAACCCAUUUGCAAGUAUUUCGGACUCAAAUCAGCAAAGCAAAUAAUCCUGUUUGCCGGUUAUUAGAUAUGAUAAUAAGAUAAACCUCUAAUGCCUAAUGGGAGACAGAAGAGGUGUUUAAAGAGGAGGGCUCAUGUUUGAUCAGUGCAGUGGAACAAUGUAAUUAAGUCUCCAUCUUCUCUCUCACACACAGGCAGCCGUCAGUGAUCACAAGACCCACAAUGAACUCCACCAGUAUUCAGCUUCUCACAGACAGCCCCUCAAUGGGACAGCUGUAUUAAUAGCACGCUGCAUGCACAGAUAUAAUCUAAUCUACUCACUGGAUAGGGGGAUACAGGGUUGAAAUGAGAACCAUGUGAGGGAGAAGUUCUGUGGCAGUGUCUCAGUCCGAAGUGCUCCAGGGAGAUAGGAUGGGACUCUACGGUCAUGACCUACAAUAUUACAGCUGGUUAGAUACGUUAUGUCAGCAGUGUCUGUGUGUGUAAGACCCACCUAAACUCCAUUUGUCUGGUCUUUAUUCUUAGCCCCUUUUGAUUAAAGGGCUCAGACAGUUAUUAUGGAAACUGCAGGAAUAUGUAGCAAAAAUGGCUUAUGGUAACAUGAAGUUAUGCUAUGAAUAAGUGGAGCUAUUUGUGUUUUUAGUUUACAAGACAAUAUUCUAAAAUAUUCGCAAUCCUCCCUAUCACGUGCAUUCCUCAUCUCUCAACAAUCAGGCCACCCAGGGCAUCAUAUCCUCCUUGUACUCCACACUGCACAGAGAAUAAUCCUAUCUGGUCUGUCCACAGCUCAGUGUCCAGCCCCAGGCCUGGUCAGUCAACAGUGGGAGGGUGGUCACCCCUCUCAUUACAGUGCUGCUAGCAUAGCCGUAGCUGACACAAGCUCUAACUGGGCUGACGGUCAAUAUGAGCUCUGUGUGACCUAGGGGAAACGCUUGUGUUUGUAAAGAGGUUGUGACCUUUAUUGACAGGACCGUUAUUCUUCCCCUCUCCGCCCCUCCUCCUCUUGUUUCUCCCUCCAUUGAUUCCUCACACAAUGAAAGAGAUCCUUUGUUGAGAAGAAGACCGUUACUGUCCUGCUGAGCCGGGCUUUUCCACCGUGUGUGUGUGUGUGCCUCUUAUGCUUUUGGUUAUGUCCUAGCCUCUGACUUAAACUGUGGCUGUUUUGGCUUUAAAUUAUUGAAGCACUGAAAACAAUUAUGAUUAGGUAAAUUGGGGUGAUAUUUAAGAAUACUGUAGGUCUGAACAUAAAAGCUAGUGGCGGAAUAUUACUUCAGAAUUGAUUCAAACUUUUCAUUAGGAUUGUUAAAGCUUCUUAAGUUCUUUAAAUGUGUGAAAUUGUUUCAGGUCUUUUGUUGUUUAAUUGAAGAACUUGACUUAACUUGAGAAAAUCCUUAUCUCUAGGGUGAAUGUUUCAAUGAGAUAGUUAGUUUUUUUUUUUAUGCUAGUUUUUACACUUGAUAUUUUGCAUUUGAUAGAAAUAGAAAUGUGAUUACUAUGUUUUUGACACCUUAUAAGACAGAUUUUGUUAUGAUCACACUGCUGAGAUGUGUAGCACACCUUAAUGUGUAAUUAGCAACCCUCAGGCAGACAAGCAAUCUAUUUAUAUGUGCUGAGCAACCAAAAAUACUUCACAGUGACACACACAAGAAACAAUGAGAUGGAUAUUCUGAGACAAAAGAUUCCACACAUUUACUUGCCUUUUCUAUUCUUGAAUGUUGUCUUUUGUAACUUGAAGAAGAAACCUUAAGUAUUACCAUAUUUUUAGCAUCAAGCAGUCCUUGAGAUGCACCUGUGAAUGUAUUUUCAGAGAAUGCUCCUCUGGACACUCCCAGAAGGCUCAUUAUAGCUUAAUGUGUGCUUUUCCUGUCUAUCUCGCCAUCCAUAACCAAACACUACUUACCUGGUAUAUGUCCACCUUCUGCCCAAACACAUACAGUAUUGCCCAUUUAGGAAGGAACAUUUUAUUUUAUUUGGAAUAGUGGCACUUAUAAAUGCUGUACUGUUUAGAAACUCUCACCCAUGUGCUGCUAUUUACAGUAGUUUGUCAGGUGAAUUCCUCCCCACCUGCUGUAGGUGUUCUGUCCAUAACACUGGAGCCAAACUCAACAACUCCUCUUCUCUCCUCACAGCCAAUCCUAAACCAGGCCGGCAUGCUCCAGGGUCCUUCUGACCAGAAGGUUGUCGUAGUAACCGUGGACAACUGUGAUACCUCAGUGGCGCUGCGGUUUGGUAAUGUGAUCGGGAACUACACCUGCUCUGCCCAGGGCAGCCAAUCAGGAUCCAAAAAGUAAGGAAAUGGGAGGGGCUUACUGGUAUUUCAUUGUGCAAUGUUAUUUGUCAACAGAUUAUAGUAGAGUUGAGUAAAAGCAAUAUUAGCCUUUUGUUGCCAUGAAUUCUGUUUUUACAUUUUGCCACAAGCUGAACUUAACCUCUUGAUCUAGUGUACUAUUGUCAUGACCCCAAGAGAAAAAUUGAAAUCCCAAUUUUCUUUCCUGAGCUAAACAUGGCCCUCAUUAUGGGUUAUCUACAGAAAUUAUUUUCAAAUAAGUCUGUCACCUCCAGCAUGUAAAGCAUCGUAAACAUAUUUUGGUUCAGUUGGGUGUUGAUCUGUUUUCCUCCCUGAAAAAAAAUCAAGCUGCAAAAUGUUUGUGAUAAAUAUUUAAUGAACACUGUUUCGGUGUUUAUGAUGUGUUCUGGUAUAGAAGCCAAGCUAGUAGAAGCCGAGCUAAGUGUUUAUGAUGUGUUGCGGUAUAGAAGCAGAGCUGUGUCAGCUUCUAAAUGUGUCUGUGUCCUGUCUGUCUGCUGUAGGUCUUUGGACCUGACUGGUCCUCUCCUCCUGGGGGGGGUGCCCAAACUGCCUGAGGACUUCCCCAUCCAGAACCGCCAGUUUGUGGGCUGCAUGAAGGACCUGAGGAUCGACAACCGCCACAUCGACAUGGCUAGCUUCAUCGCUAACAACGGCACCCUACCAGGUCAGUAACCUUGCACAUUGCCAUUUGACUGAACCAUUCUGAUACCAUUUUGUAGCCAUCCACCCAAGCCUACUGUUUUAGUUGAGAACAGUAUGAGUUGUGUUGGGGAAGUGGAUGCAUCUUACAUUGUAACGGAAGUUUAUGAAUCGUUAAUAAUGAGGUUGGCUGGAACUUUUCCUCACAUCCCCAAUACCUUCCCAGGAUGCUCUGCUAAAAGACACUUCUGCAACAACAACCCGUGUCUGAAUGGAGGGACCUGUGUCAACCUGUGGGGCUCCUUCAGCUGUGACUGCCCCCUAGGAUUCGGAGGCCGGAACUGCGAGAAGAGUAAGUGAGGUGUUUUAUUUUUAUUUAUUUAUUUAACCUUUAUUUAACUAGGCAAGUCAGUUAAGAACAAAUUCUUAUUUACAAUGACGGCCUACACCGGCCAAACCCGGACGACGCUGGGCAAAAUGUGCGCCGCCCUAUGGGACUCCCAAUCACGGCCGGUUGUGAUACAGCCUGGAAUCGAACCAGGGGGUCUGUAGUGACACCUCAAGCACUGAGAUGCAGUGCCUUAGACCGCUGCACCACUCGGGAGCCCUAGGUUCAGUGAAGUAACAGCAUUGCAGGAGGGUGGAAAGCUUCCUCAUAUGGUUAAAACAUGAGAUCAAAGCUAACCAGGUUUUGUUGGCCCCGUGACCUACUACCAUUAUAGACCCUUUUGGUUGAGGGACUUUACAAGCGUGCAUUAGGAGGACUAAGUGACCCAUCAGACAGACAACAUCCCCCAGCUCUCCUGACCUAGACUUAACUAGGGUCUUUGUAGUUGAUGGACUGUACCAUAACUCAACAACCAGGUGGUUACAGUGACACUCGCCAUUUCAUUUGCUUCUUAGUGCUGUGGUGUUAAGAGCACCUGCUAUAUUGUAUUUUCUUAUCAUUUUGAAACAUGCCUUUUUGAGUGAACUAGUGUAGAUGUAGUGCAGAAACAUUUGCAUAGACACCAUGAACAGGCGAUAUGAUGAUGAUGCGUAGAGGGAAUUGGCAGAGCUCUAAAUAACUGAAGUAAGCUCUUCAUCCUUUUAGCAUUGGCUCUUUCCUGGCACAGAUAAAGCCAGUCAUAUUUUAUUUUGCUAACAUGAUGGUUUCGUAAGCCUGUUGUGCAUACUGAGUAUUACUGUUUUAUGCCAGCCAUUUCACAAGGAUCUAUGAGGGUCCCAUUUGUGUGUAUGACAGCUGCGAUGUGAUAUGCCAUAAGCUUUUAUGAAUCUGUCAUGAGGGAGCAUAUUACAUUUUAAUAGAGCUAUAUGUUUAAACAUUUACUCUGACAUAACACCUCGGACAUGUUUAAGGUGAAGUAUUUAGUUUUUCAGUUUGAGAGGGUUAUGUGUAUGUAACAGCAUUACUAGUGUCCAUUUCUCGUCUCAGCUCCUCUGUGCUCUGCAGCUGUUUGACUUGCUGAUUUACAAGCUGGGACAGCUUGAAGAGAGAGGGGGAGGGAGGGAAGGCCCCAUGUGAGGACAGAGGGAGAGAGUGAGAGAGAAGACAAAAGGGAAAACUACUAAAGAAAUUGCCAAUUACCCAAAAGCAUCCCUGUUUUAGUUUAGAGUGAAAUCCAGUGAUAAAGGACCACUUCUUUCUCACAGUUAAGGGGAGACGGAGAGGCUGGAUGAUGAAAGAGGGAUGGAGAAAGGGUAAGAGGUGGAGGGAGGGAGGGAGGGAGGGAGGGAGGGAAGAGUGGAGGGAGGAAAGAGUGGAGGGUGAAGAACAGAGUGCAGCAGGUUAACCCAUGUGACUCCAUCUCAAGAAGCGAGGGAGAGAGGAAAGCAUAAUGUACUGUAGUGUAGUAGCAUGCUACUGGUCUUUUUUAGAUAGUGGGUGUCAAUAGCAUGAAUGUUAAUGUUCUACCAAGGCCAUUAACUAUUCAACGUCACUACAAAGAUCACAAUCAAAAUAUAACCUUUAAACUUACAGUUUGUCAUAGGAUCGGCGGCUAAUAACCAUGGAGCAAAUCCCCGGCAUCUCACAUCCUUUCUGACCACAGCUGACUCUGGAUCUACAUGAGUAUGGGGGAUAAAGUACUUUCAUAGUUAAUCCCAUGAGUAUACUUACCUAGAAGGAUUACUUUAUCCUAUCCCAGGUAUUCCUUAAAGAGGUGGGGUUUCAAAUGUCUCCGGAAGGUGGUGAGUGACUCCGCUGUCCUGGCGUCGUGAGGGAGCUUGACACACUGCAGUGAGGAACUGAGAAUAUCAACCUUUUCAUGGAUUAUGUUUCAAACAUUUUUGUAGCUUUAGACCAGAGCCAGACUGCACAACAACCACUGUCCCCUGGGCUCUCUCUCUCUCUCUCUCUCUCUCUCUCUCUCUCUCUCUCUCUCUCUCUCUCUCUGUCUCUCUCUCUCUGUCUCUCUCUCUCUCUCUGUCUCUCUCUCUGUCUCUCUCUCUCUCGGUCUCUCUCUCUCUCGGUCUCUCUCUCUCUCUCUCUCUCUAGCCAAUGACAGGCUUAGCGCUGCUGCUUGGUUUGUCAUUAAUUUUUGAUGGACGUUGCCUGUCUGUGUGACUGGGGUGUUUUGCAUCUCUGUGAAGAGUGCCACGGUCUAAUGAAAGAGAAAAAACAUGUCUAACACCCAGCUAAAAGUGUCACUAGUACCUCUCUUUCUCUGACAUGAAGAAGGGACAGAAUGCCUCUCUGUCAGAAUGCACAGACUGCAGGUCAGAUACACAUGCAUGUGAACACAUACACACACACACCCCUGAGUGCUAUCUGACUGACACUCAUCACAAGUACUAGUGAAUAGGGGUAGGAGGCAUGUUGAAGUCUCUGUGGUAUUUGGCUCCUGUUACUGGCUGUGUUUGUACAGUAUUCGUUUAUUGAAUGGUUAUCGAGUUUCAAAUUGCCACAGAUACUGUUAUACCCAUAUAGCGACUCCCAAGGUGUUAAUUCCACUGACUUUUUAAUUAGAUGUUUUCUGUAUUCAUCAUAGACUGUCUAGUAAUCUGGCCGCCAGUCAUUGGAGUUGGGUUGUUCAGACUUGAUCACAGAACAUAUUACGUGAGAGUGGUACUGACUCACUGUCACAUGUCACCAACGGUUUGUUAGAUAGCAGCCAUUUCCUCAUUCACUCUCUCGCUCUCUACCCAUCUGUCUCGCUCCUGCUAUCUCUCUAUCUCUCUCGCUCUCUAUCCAUCUGUCUCGCUCCUGCUAUCUCGCUAUCUCGCUCUCUAUCCAUCUGUCUCGCUCCUGCUAUCUCGCUAUCUCUCUCGCUCUCUAUCCAUCUGUCUCGCUCCUGCUAUCUCGCUAUCUCGCUCACUCUCUUUCCCCCUCCUUCUCUUCAUCCCUCAUCCCCCUCUCUCUGGUUGUGUGUUGCAGUGAUGACCAACCCGCAGCGUUUCCUGGGUAACAGCCUAUUGCAGUGGACUAACCUGGCGGUGGUGGUGACCGUUCCGUGGCAUGUGGAGCUCAUGUUCCGCACACGCCAGCCUAGUGCCACCUUGCUGCACGUCAGCGCCGGACAGCACCACAACCUCACCCUACAGGUACAGAGAAUACACACUUAACUCACUCCACAUUGUCUCGGCCCACAUAACCUCACCCUACAGGGUCUCACCCACACGCCCACACAAACCGUAUAAAUGCCAUAGUUGUGAUAAAAUGAGCUGCCACCUCUUAAGCAAGGUGUCAUAAGUGAACUUGAAUACAAUACCAAAUUAGAUGUAUACAAUAGUACAGUAGGUUUAAAAAUAAAAAUAAAAUGAAUUUCCUGGUUCAAUCAUUCAUUGAAUUGUUACUGCGCGCAAAAUGUUUUAGACCAAACACCAGGCAGAGUAAUACCAGAUUAACAGCUGCAGAGCAACAGAGUGGCGGGGUGGAGAAAGAGAGCGAGAAAAGAGGGUGAGGAAGGAGAGGGAGAAACACAGUAGGACAAUUCACACACACACACCUGGUCACUCACUCAUGCACUGACCCAUCACACUGUCCCUUCCUUGAGCCCUACUCCCUACUCUUUGUUUAAUCUUUUUUCUUCCUUCGGUUUAGCCUGGCAUUGUUUUGAUUAUUUCUACAACUGGAAAGUGACUUUGGAUCCUUGAAAAGCGCUAUAUAAAUACAGUGUAUUAUUAUUAUUAUUAUUACCGACUAUCUCACGCCAGCAGAGGCCAGGUCUGCAAUAUCACAAAUCAGCCCUCCUCAAUCUGGCACAUACAUACACCUCCAAUAACAUGACCCAUGAAUAGGGAAGUAAAAUAAGAGGCGUAUACCACAGGCCACUGUAGGCCACAUCAUAUUAUAUUACACACAGUAUACUGCAUAUCAUACAGUUAUACAGAAUUCGAUCCCUUCUGAAGCAAAGAGAACAUAGCCAAUGGUUUUGCGCAUUCCGUUUUGCUAGGGAUUAUUGUUUUCUUUCACUCCUUUUUUUAUCCAAUUAUGCAUGUUUCCCCCUUAGUGUGGUGUUGGAGUAGAUCAGUGCAUUGUAGCAUGUAACCCCAUCAUGACUCCAACAGCUCACAUGCUGUUCAUUGACUACAGCUCAGCGUUCAACACCAUUGUCCCCUCCAAGCUCGUCACCAAGCAUGGAACCUAGGACUGAACACCUCUCUCUGCAACUGGAUGAUGGACUUCCUGACAGACCGACCCCAGGUAGUAAGGGUAGGCAGCAACAUCCUCCACCACGCUGACCCUCAACGUGGGGGCCCCAUAGGGGUAUGUGCUUAGUCCCGUCCUGUACUCCCUGUUCACCCACCUGCGCACGAUUCCAACACCAUCAUCAAGUUUGCUGAUGAUUCGACGGUGGUAGGCCUGAUCACUGGUGACGAUGAGACAGCCUACAGGGAGGAGGUCAGUGACCUGGCAGUGUGGUGCCGGAAACAACAACCUCUCCCUUAACGUCAGUAAGACCAAGGAGCUGAUCCUGGACUACAGGAAAUGGGGGGUCGAGCACGCCACCACCCACAUCAACGGGGUUGCAGUGGAGCGGGUCGAGAGCUUCAAGUUCGAGGUCCAAAUCAAUAAGGACUUUAAAAUGGUCCACACACACGCACACAUUCAUGAGGAAGGCGCGACAACGCCUCUUCCCCCUCAGGAGGUUGACAAAGUUUGGCAUGGGUCCUCGAAUCCUCAAAAAGUUAUACAGCUGCACCAUUGAGAGUAUCUUGACUGGCUGCAUCACUGCUUGGUAUGGCAACAGCACCGCCCUCGAUCGAGGACCUCUAUAUUUUUGGCAGUGUGAAAGGAAGGCCCAGCAAAUCGGUAAAGACCCAAGCCAUAGACUGUUCUCUCUGCUUCUGCAUGUCAAGUGGUACCGGUGCAUCAAGUCUGACACCAAUAGGCUCCUAUACAGCUUCUAUCCCCAAGCCAUAAGACUGCUAAAUAGCUAACAAAAUGGCAACACGGACAAUGUGAGUUGACCCUGAUACUCCAACACACACAUAACAUGCACACACAUUUAUACUGACUCUACACACACACACUCACAUUCAAUCUUCAUUUACGCUGCUGCUACUCUGUUUAUCAUACAUCCUGAUGCCUAGUCACUUUACCCCUAUACAUAUCUACCUCUAUCACUUCAGUAUCCCUUCUUACUUUCUUGUGUUCUUCUUGUUUCUUAUUUCUUGUGUGUUUUUAUUCUACUUUGUUAUUUUUAGUACUAGAUUGAUAUAGAUUACUGCAUUGUUGGGUUUAGAGCUUGCAAUAAAGGAAUUUCACUGUACUUGUGCAUGUGACAUUAAAACUUGAAACUUAAAACUUGAGUGACUGUAGGUUAGUUGUUGUAAAGCUCCACCUGUUGGCUGUCUGGGCAGCAGCAUGACUUUAAAUAUUUGAUGGUGUUGAGACAGCCUGUCCACUAAAAAACUACUUAUCCUGAGAUCUGAGAGCUGCCAUUUCAGGCCUUUCAGAUGGCAGCUGUCGUGUUUGUCUAGUCAGGUACCUCUUUUGAAGUCAUAACCGUCCAGCAGCUAUUUUAAAGUUGGUUUAUUUUAAAACUACUUUACUACUGUAUUACCAUAGAUUGUCUGAUAUGGAGGAGAGGAAAAGCUCACUGACUCCGUGAGUAUGUGACGUAUGCAUACUAAAUAAGUUAUUUCUCUCUCUCCUGCAUUCCCUCACCUCUCUCUCUUGCAGCUGUGAUGGCACACUGUGGUUUUUCACCCAGUAGAUAAGGGAGUUUAUCAAAAUUGGGUUUGUUUUCGAAUUCUUUGUGGAUCGCUGUAAUCUGAGGGAAAUAUGUGUCUCUAAUAUGGUCAUACAUUUGGCAGGAGGUUAGGAAGUGCAGCUCAGUUUCCACCUCAUUUUGUGGGCAGUGUGCACAUAGCCUGUCUUCUCUUGAGAGCCAGGUCUGCCUACGGCGGCCUUUCUCAAUAGCAAGGCUAUGCUCACUGAGUCUGUACAUAGUCAAAGCGUUCCUUAAGUUUGGGUCAGUCACAGCGGUCAGGUAUUCUGCCACUGUGUACUCUCUGUUUAGGGGCAAAUAGCAUUCUAGUUUGCUCUGUUUUUUUGUUUGUUCUUUCCAAUGUGUCAAGUAAUUCUCUUUUUGUUUUCUCAUGAUUUGGUUGGGUCUAGUUGUGUUGUUGUUGUUGUUGUCCUGGGGCUGUGUGGGGUCUGUUUGUGUUUGUGAACAGAGCCCCAGGACAAGCUUACUUAGGGGACUCUUCUCCAAGUUCAUCUCUCUGUAGGUGAUGGCUUUGUUAUGGAAGGUUUGGGAAUCGCUUCCUUUUAAGUGGUUAUAGAAUUUAACGGCUCUUUUCUGGAUUUUGAUAAUUAGCGGGUAUUGGCCUAAUUCUACUCUGCAUGCAUUAUUUGGUGUUUUACGUUGUACACGGAGGAUGUUUUUGCAGAAUUCUGCAUGCAGAGUCUCAAUUUGGUGUUUGUCCCAUUUUGUGAAUUCUUGGUUGGUGAGCGGACCCCAGACCUCAGAACCAUAAAGGGCAAUGGGUUCUAUAACUGAUUCAAGUAUUUUUAGCCAGAUCCUAAUUGGUAUGUCAAAUUUUAUGUUCCUUUUGAUGGCAUAGAAGGCCCUUCUUGCCUUGUCUCUCAGAUCGUUCACAGCUUUGUGGAAGUUACCUGUGGCGCUGAUGUUUAGGCCGAGGUAUGUAUAGUUUUUUGUGUGCUCUAGGGCAACGGUGUCUAGAUGGAAUUUGUAUUUGUGGUCCUGGCAACUGGACCUUUUUUGGAACACCAUUAUUUUUGUCUUACUGAGAUUUACUGUCAGGGCCCAGGUCUGACAGAAUCUGUGCAGAAGAUCUAGGUGCUGCUGUAGGCCCUCCUUGGUUGGUGACAGAAGCACCAGAUCAUCAGCAAACAGAAGACAUUUGACUUCAGAUUCUAGUAGGGUGAGGCCGGGUGCUGCAGACUGUUCUAGUGCCCUCGCCAAUUCGUUGAUAUAUAUGUUGAAGAGGGUGGGGCUUAAACUGCAUCCCUGUCUCACCCCACGGCCCUGUGGAAAGAAAUGUGUGUGUUUUUUGCCAAUUUUAACCGCACACUUGUUGUUUGUGUACAUGGAUUUUAUCAUGUCGUAUGUUUUUCCCCCAACCCCACUUUCCAUCAAUUUGUAUAGCAGACCCUCAUGCCAAAUUGACUCUCUCUCUCUCCCUCCCACUCUCUCUCUCUCUCUCUCUCUCUCUCGCUCUCUCUCUCUCUCUCUCUCUAGCUACGGGGGGGCAGUGUGGUGAUGGGCCUGCAGAGGGGGGAGGACUCCACCCUGUCCCGGGUGGAGGAGGUGACUGUGAACGACGGGGACUGGCACCAUCUACAGCUGGAGCUGAAGGAUGUACCGGGGGGCGCUCCCAGACACAAGGCUGUGCUCUCUUUCGACCACGGACUCUACACGGUGAGACACUGUUAGAAGACAGACUGUAGCUUCGGUAUUUUAAUGACAUUUAAUUGAAAUGCAGUAUGUAUGUAUUCAGGGCAGUUAUAAUAUAGUGUUAUGUACUUAGGCCAGUAUGUAGACAGCCAGUCAGCUGAGUGUACAAUACCGUUCAAAAGAUUAGAAAUGUCCUUGUUUUCGAAAGAAAUGCAAUUUUUUUGUCCAUGAAAAUAACAUCAAAUUGAUCAGAAAUACAGUGUAGACAUUGUUAAUGUUGUAAAUGGCUAUUGUAGCUGGAAACGGCUGAUUUUUUAAUGGAAUGUCUACAUAGGCGUACAGAGGCCCAUUAUCAGCAACCAUCAGUCCUGUGUUCCAAUGGCACGUUGUGUUUGCUAAUCCAAGUUUAUCAUUUUAAAAGGAUAAUUGAUCAUUAGAAAACCCUUUUGCAAUUAUGUUAGCACAGCUGAAAUUGUUGUGCUGAUUAAAGAAUCAAUAAAACUGGCCUUCUUCUGUGUACUACUCCUUUCACAGAACAGUGCAAACUGGCUCUAACCAGAAUAGAAAGAGGAGUGGGAGGCCCCGGUGCACAACUGAGCAAGAGGACAAAUACAUUAGAGUGUCUAGUUUGAGAAACAGGCGCCUCACAGGUCCUCAACUGGCAGCUUCAUUAAAUAGUACCAGCAAUACACCAGUCUCAACAUCAACAGUGAAGAGGCGAUUCCGGGAUGCUGACCUUCUAGGCAGAGUUGCGAAGAAAAAGCCAUAUCUCAGACUGGCCAAUAAAAAGAAAAGAUUAAGAUGGACAGUCUGAGAUAUGGCUUUUUCUUUGCAACUCUGCCUAGAAGGUCAGCAUCCCGGAGUCGCCUCUUCACUGUUAACGUUGAGACUGGUGUUUUGCGGGUACUAUUUAAUGAAGUUUUAUUGCUUCUUUGAUCAGCACAACAGUUUUCAGCUGUGCUAACAUAUUUGCAAAAUGGUUUUCUAAUGAUCAAUUAGCCUUUUAAAAUGAUAAACUUGGAUUAGCAAACACAACGUGCCAUUGGAACACAGGACUGAUGGUUGCUGAUAAUGGGCCUCUGUACGCCUAUGUAGAUAUUCCAUUAAAAAUCAGCCGUUUCCAGCUACAAUAGCCAUUUACAACAUCAACAAUGUCUACACUGUAUUUCUGAUCAAUUUGAUGUUAUUUUAAUGGUCAAAAAUAUUGCUUUUCUUUCUAAAACAAGGACAUUUCUAAGUGACCCCAAACUUUUGAACGGUAGUGUAUAUGAAUGUAUCUAAUGUGUGUGAUCUGAUCUACCUAUCCAGGCCAGUAUGGAAGUGGAUACUAAGCUGAAGGGGGCGAAGGUCAAUACUCUGAGUGUCGGGGGCAUCACUGGGGCUGAUGGGAAAAUACGACAUGGCUUCCGUGGCUGUGUCCAGGUCAGUUCUCCUCUUGUCACUCACAAACACACACACACACACACACACACACACACACACACACACACACACACACACACUCACACUGUAUUUUCUGUCCAUGUGUCUGAGUGUGUUCUCCCUGCUGUGUGUUUUCCUUAGGGUCUGCUUGUGGGGGAGACCUCCUCCAGCUCGGUGUCUCUCAGCAUGUCUCAGGCCAGGAGGGUGAACAUGGAACAGGGCUGCAGCGUACCAGACCUCUGUGUCUCUAACCCCUGCCCCUCCAACAGCUACUGCAGCGAUGACUGGGACAGCCACUCCUGCACCUGCCUCACCGGUCAGUCUGCCAACCAUCAUCAUCCUCUUCAUCAUCUUCAUCUUCAUAAUUAAAUUUUACAACCAUAUAAUACAACCAUGUAGCCUUACGUUGAUCCCUCCCAUGCAUAACUUAUGAAUUUCUAUUUUGUUGUUUACCUGUCAGGUUACUAUGGUGAUAACUGCAUAGACGUAUGUGCGCUAAACCCCUGUGAGCACCAAUCAGCCUGCACCAGGAAGGCUAGCUCCUCCCGUGGCUACACUUGUGACUGUCCCAGCAACCACUUUGGGCAGUACUGCGAGAAAAAGUGAGUAGAACCUUUUUUUUUUUUUAGGGGGUAAAUCAGCUUUAAUAUUGCAGAUAGAUUGUAACUUCCAUCAAUGUAAUUGUCUGCAUCACUUCCUGGUAAUCUUUGUUAUACACCGAUAGUUGUGUGUUGGUUUUCUCAAUCUAUCUUUUUGGUCCAUAUCACUAUAAAGAACACUAUCAGAGUGUGUCUGUGUAUCUGUUGUCCGUGUUUCUGACUGUGUGUGUCCCUUCUCAGGACUGACCUGCCGUGUCCUAGGGGUUGGUGGGGACAUAAGACCUGUGGUCCCUGUGACUGUCAGACAGACAAGGGCUUCGAUGCCGACUGCAACAAGACCAGUGGGGAGUGCCGCUGCAAGGUGAGCCAGCUGACUACUGAGUCUCAAUGUCAGGAUGUUUGAAGUGGACAGGGGCGAUGGAUGAAACUGCACUGUGGGAUGGUAUUUCAAUGACAAGGAAAAUGUACUUCUCUCUCUUUCAUCCCUUUCCCCCUACCUCCCUCCCUUUUCUGCUCCCUCCCCCUCUAUCUCUCUCUCUAUCCCGCUCCCUCUUCUCAGGAUAACCACUACCGUCCAGAGGGCAGCGAUGCGUGUCUGCUGUGUGAGUGUUACCCAGUGGGCUCCUUCUCGCGGGCGUGUGAGAUGGAGAGCGGCCAGUGCCAGUGUAAACCAGGGGUCAUUGGGCGCCAGUGUGACCGCUGUGAUAACCCCUUUGCUGAGGUGUCGCCCAACGGCUGUGAAGGUCAGCAUUGCAAUACGUUACAUGCUUCAUAAAACUGCAUCAUGGUUGAAAUGUAUCUGUAGUCCAGACUGAUUAAUUUAGUUCACUAAUUUAGUAAAUUCAUGGUUAUAGAAGGCCUUUCAAAAGUGUUUUUUUGUGCCAAGCAAACAUUAAAGGUGCAAUAUGCAGAAAUCGCUCUACCAUUUCCUGGUUGCUAAAAUUCUUAUAGUUUGCCCAAUUUAAGAAUGGUGCCGGAGGAGAUGGCUGCCGUUUUACGGGCUCCUAACAAAUUGUGCUAUUGUGUGUGUUUUCGCAUUAUUUGUAAAUUAAUUUGUACAUAGUGUUUCUGCCACUGUCUCUUAUGACCUAAAAGAGCUUCUGGAUAUCAGGACAGCGAUUACUCAUCUCGCGAUUACUCAUCUCGUACUGGACGAAGAUUUUUUCUUUAACGAGUCGGACGCGAAGGAUUUUCUUCAGACACCUGACAAGGCCCAAAUCCUAGUCAUUCGCAUGAUAGAGAUAUCGGGGACGUAGGUGGGGGUGCCUUGUAAAGAUCCGACGGCGAGUGGGUAAUCUGCCUCUAUCAUCAGUCCUAUUAGCCAACGUACAACCAUUGGAUAACAAAAUAAACGAACUACGAUCACGGAUAUCCUACCAACGGGACAUUAAAAACUGUAAUAUUUUAUGUUUCAACGAGUCGUGGCUGAACGACGACAUGGAUAACAUACAGCUGGCGGGAAAUACGCUGCAUAGAUAGAACAGCUGCCUCCGGUAAGACAAGGGGUGGCGGUCUGUGUAUAUUUGUAAACAACAGCUGGUGCACGAAAUCUAAUAUUAAGGAAGUCUCAAGGUUUUUCUCACCUGAGAUAGAGUAUCUCAUGAUAAGCUGUAGACCACACUAUUUACCAAGAGAGUUAUCGUCUAUUUUUUUCGUAGCUGUCUAUUUACCACCACAAACCGAUGCUGGCACUAAGACCGCACUCAAUGAGCUGUAUAAGGCCAUAAGCAAACAGGAAAACACUCAUUCAGAGGCGGCGUUCCUAGUGGCUGGAGACUUAGUGGUUAGGUAGCUUAGUGGUUAAGAGCGUUGUGCCAGUAACCGAAAGGUCGCUGGUUCUAAUCCCCGAGCCGACUAGGUGAAAAAUCUGUCGUUGUGCCCUUGAGCAAGGCACUUAACCCUAAUUGCUCCUGUAAGUCGCUCUGGAUAAGAGCGUCUGCUAAAUGACUAAAAUGUAAAAUGUUUAAUGCAGGUAAACUUAAAUCCGUUUGACCUAAUUUCUACCAGCAUGUUAAAUGUGCAACCAGAGGAAAAAAACUCUAGACCACCUUUACUCCACACACAGAGACGCGUACAAAGCUCUCCCUCGCCCUCUAUUUGGCAAAUCUGACCAUAACUCUAUCCUCCUGAUUCCUGCUUACAAGCAAAAACUAAAACAGGAAGCACCAGUGACUCGGUCAAUAAAGAAGUGGUCAGAUAACGCAGAUGCUAAGCUACAGGACUGUUUUGCUAGCACAGACUGGAAUAUGUUCUGUGAUUCUUCCGAUGGCAUUGAGGAGUACACCACAUCAGUCACUGGCUUCAUCAAUAAGUGCAUUGAUGACGUCGUCCCCACAGUGACCGUACGUACAUACCCCAACCAGAAGCCAUGGAUUACAGGCAACAUCCGCACUGAGCUAAAGGGUAAAGCUGCCGCUUUCAAGGAGCGGGAUUCUAACCCGGACGCUUAUAAGAAAUCCCGCUAUGCCCUCCAACGAACCAUCAAACAGGCAAAUCGUCAAUACAGGACUAAGAUUGAAUCGUAGUACACCGGCUCCGACGCUCGUCGGAUGUGGCAGGGCUUGCAAACUAUUACAGACUACAAAGGGAAGCACAGCCUUGGGCUGCCCAGUGACACGAGCCUACCAGACGAGCUAAAUUACUUCUAUGCUCGCUUCGAGGCAAGCAACACUGAAGCAUGCAUGAGAGCAUCAGCUGUUCUGGACGACUGUGUGAUCACGCUCUCCGUAGCCGAUGUGAGUAAGACCUUUAAACAGGUCAACAUUCACAAGGCCGCAGGGCCAGACGGAUUACCAGGACGUGUACUCUGACUCCAACACCAUCAUUAAGUUUGCCGACGACACAACGGUGGUAGGCCUGAACACCGACAACGAUGAGACAGCCUAUAGGGAGGAGGUCAGAGACCUGGCCGUGUGGUGCCAGGAUAACAACCUCUCCCUCAACGUGACCAAGACAAAGGAGAUCAUUGUGGACUACAGGAAAAAGAGGACUGAGCACGCCCCCAUUCUCAUUGACAGGGCUGUAGUGGAACAGGUUGAGAGCUUCAAGUUCCUUGGUGUCCACAUCACCAACGAACUAUCAUGGUCCAAACACACCAAGACAGUCGUGAAGAGAGCACGACAAAGCCUAUUCCCCCUCAGGAGACUGAAAAGAUUUGGCAUGGGUCCUUAGAUCCUCAAAAGGUUCUACAGCUGCACCAUCGAGAGCAUCCUGACUGGUUGCAUCACUGCCUGGUAUGGCAACUGCUCGGCCUCCGACCGCAAGGCAGUACAGCGGGUAGUGCGUACGGCCCAGUACAUCACUGGGGACAAGCUUCCUGCCAUCCAGGACCUCUAUACCAGGCGGUGUCAGAGGAAGAUCUUAAAAAUUGUCAAAGACUCCAGCCACCCUAGUCAUAGACUGUUCUCUCUGCUACCGCACGGCAAGCAGUACCGGAGCGCCAAGUCUAGGUCCAAAAGACUUCUUAACAGCUUCUACCCCCAAGCCAUAAGACUCCUGAACAGCUAAUCAAAUGGCUACCCGGACUAUUUGCAUUGUCCCCCCCUCCCCCCACCCCCUCCUUUACGCUGCUGCUACUCUCUGUUUAUUAUCUAUGCAUAGUCACUUUAACUCUACCUACAUGUACAUAUUACCUCAAUUACCUCGACUAACCUGUGCCCCCACACAUUGACUCUGUACCGGUACCCCCUGUAUAUAGCCUCGCUACUGUUAUUUUACAAUUUUUUUUAUAUUUUAAUCUAUUUUUUACUUAACACUUAUUUUUCUUAAAACUGCAUUGUUGGUUAAGGGCUUGUAAGUAAGCAUUUUACUAAGGUCUACCUACACCUGUUGUAUUCGGCGCAUGUGACAAAUACAAUUUGAGUUCAGUUUAUGUGACAAAACAUGUACAGAAAAUCAUUGUACAAUCUAAACCUCUGUUACAUAUAUUUUCAAUGACUACAAAUAUUGUAUUUUCAGCUGUUUUGAAGCUGGUGUAAAAAAACGAAAGUAAAAGACGCAAAAACAAAACUUAAGAACGGGAAGCAUAACAAAUAGUGCACAAACAGAUCUACUGCUUCUUAGACUUGCUUUCAAUGAGAAUGCCAGAUCUAUAACUCACAUUUCUAUGUGAAUUUGGUUGGGUCGCCCAAAAAGUUACAUAUUGCAGCUUUAAUCAUUAAUUAUCUGUCAUAUGUUACACCUGGACAAUUAAUUGGAUCAGCUUUCCUUCUCUCCCUCUUUCUCUCCCUCUCUCUUUCUAUCCCCCUCUCUCAGUGAUCUAUGACAGUUGUCCCCAGGCGAUAGAGGCAGGGAUCUGGUGGCCCAGGACUAAGUUUGGUCUCCCUGCAGCCGUCUCCUGUCCCAAGGGAUCUAUCGGUACGAUGACUCAGUGGCUUAGCUAAUUACCAUACUAUAAUGGAAUGUAGUAUACUAUAUAGUAGGUGUAGGCCGUCAUUGUAAAUAAGAAUUUGUUCUUAACUGACUUGCCUAGUUAAAUAAAGGUAAAAUAAAUAAAUAAAUAAAUAAAUAGUAUAUACUGUAAUUACCGUACUAUAAUGGAAUGGUUGAAACUCUCCUUCUGUCUGCCUCAUGCACAUUCCCUCCUUCUCUCUUUCUCUCUCAGGCACAGCUAUCCGCCACUGUGAUGAACACAAGGGAUGGCUGCCCCCCAACCUCUUCAACUGUACCUCUGUCACCUUCACCAAACUCAAGGCCCUGGUGUGUACAGCUCCUCUAGAGCUAGCUCACAUUUAUAUGGAUCAAUUCACUUCAGUGACAUAUGCUAUUAAGUUGAAUGAUGAGCCUUUUUAUUUUAUCUUUAUUGUAACAGGCAUUGAGACCAAGGUCUCUUUUACAAUAUAUAUAUAUAUAUAUAUAUAUAUAUAUAUAUAUAUAUAUAUACACAGUACCAGUCAAAUGUUUGGACACACCUAUAUGUGUUAUUUAAUAGUUUUGAUGUCUUCACUAUUAUUCUACAAUGUAGAAAAUAGUAAAAAUAAAGAAAAACCCUUGAACCCUUGGUGUGUCCAAACUUUUGACUGGUACUGUAUACAUAUCUCAUCAAAAGUGUAAAAUGGUGCUUAAAGAAUGUUCUCUCUGUCUCUGGUCCAGUCGGAGAAGCUGGCCCGUAACAUGUCUUUCCUGGACUCUGGGCGUGUCCAGCAGACUGCAGCCAUGUUGGCCAAUGCCACGCUGCACACAGUGGAGUACUACGGCAGUGAUGUGAAGGUGGCCUACCGCCUCACCCAGAGCCUACUGCAGUACGAGAGCCACCAGCAGGGCUUCAGCCUGACCGCCACACAGGACGUCCACUUCACUGAGGUAACACAAUAAUACACUACACAGCACAGUGUAACGCACAGCAUAAUACUACAUGACACAGUACAACAUAAAUCUCAGAUAAACUCUGUAGAUGACAUCACACAACAUUUGCCUAACACCACCCUAUGCCAGUCUGUCUAUCUUACCCCCUGCCCUCCUCCCUCUAUCAGAACCUGGUGCGGGUGGGCAGUGCCAUCCUGUCCCCGGGCACACGGCCACACUGGGAGCUGAUCCAGCAGACGGAGGGGGGCACGGCGGCCCUACUGCGCCAGUAUGAGGAGUACGCCAACAUCCUGGCACAGAACAUGAGGAAGACCUACCUCAGCCCCUUCACCAUCAUCACUCCACACAUAGGUAAGAGUGGUAUUCUGUGGUAUGCCAUUGUUGAAACAUAUGGGAGCGAUGAUUUUCACUUAAUGCAAAAUAAGUUAGAGAAAUACACAAUAUGAUGUAGACUGUUUAUAAACUGGAACAUACAGUGAGGGAAAAAAGUAUUUGAUCCCCUGCUGAUUUUGUACGUUUGCCCACUGACAAAGACAUGAUCAGUCUAUAAUUUUAAUGGUAGGUUUAUUUGAACAGUGAGAGACAGAAUAACAACAACAAAAUCCAGAAAAACACAUAUCAAAAAUGUUAUAAAUUGAUUUGCAUUUGAAUGAGGGAAAUAAGUAUUUGACCCCUCUGCAAAACAUGAUUUAGUACUUCGUGGCAAAACCCUUGUUGGCAAUCACAGAGGUCAGACGUUUCUUGUAGUUGGCCACCAGGUUUGCACACAUCUCAGGAGGGAUUUUGUCCCACUCCUCUUUGCAGAUCUUCACCAAGUCAUUAAGGUUUCGAGGCUGACGUUUGAGAACUCGAACCUUCAGCUCCCUCCACAGAUUAUCUAUGGGAUUAAGGUCUGGAGACUGGCUAGGCAACUCCAGGACCUUAAUGUGCUUCUUCUUGAGCCACUCCUUUGUUGCCUUGGCUGUGUGUUUUGGGUCAUUGUCAUGCUGGAAUACCCAUCCACGACCCAUUUUCAAUGCCCUGGCUGAGGGAAGGAGGUUCUCACCCAAGAUUUGACGGCACAUGGCCCCGUCCAUCGUCCCUUUGAUGCGGUGAAGUUGUCCUGUCCCCUUAGCAGAAAAACACCCCCAAAGCAUAAUGUUUCCACCACCAUGUUUGACGGUGGGGAUGGUGUUAUUGGGGUCAUAGGCAGCAUUCCUCCUCCUCCAAACACGGCGAGUUGAGUUGAUGCCAAAGAGCUCGAUUUUGGUCUCAUCUGACCACAACACUUUCACCCAGUUCUCCUCUGAAUCAUUCAGAUGUUCAUUGGCAAACUUCAGACGGCCCUGUAUAUGUGCUUUCUUGAGCAGGGAGACCUUGCGGGCGCUGCAGGAUUUCAGUCCUUCACGGUGUAGUGUGUUACCAAUUGUUUUCUUGGUGACUAUGGUCCCAGCUGCCUUGAGAUCAUUGACAAGAUCCUCCCGUGUAGUUCUGGGCUGAUUCCUCACCGUUCUCAUGAUCAUUGCAACUCCACGAGGUGAGUUCUUGCAUGGAGCCCCAGACCGAGGGAGAUUGACAGUUCUUUUGUGUUUCUUCCAUUUGCGAAUAAUCGCACCAACUGUUGUCACCUUCUCACCAAGCUGCUUGGCGAUGGUCUUGUAGUCCAUUCCAGCCUUGUGUAGGUCUACAAUCUUGUCCCUGACAUCCUUGGAGAGCUCUUUGGUCUUGGCCAUGGUGGAGAGUUUGGAAUCUGAUUGAUUGAUUGCUUCUGUGGACAGGUGUCUUUUAUACAGGUAACAAACUGAGAUUAGGAGCACUCCCUUUAAGAGUGUGCUCCUAAUCUCAGCUCGUUACCUGUAUAAAAGACACCUGGGAGCCAGAAAUCUUUCUGAUUGAGAGGGGGUCAAAUACUUAUUUCCCUCAUUAAAAUGCAAAUCAAUUUAUACAAUUUUUGACAUACGUUUUUCUCGAUUUUGUUGUUGUUAUUCUGUCUCUCACUGUUCAAAUAAACCUACCAUUAAAAUUAUAAACUGAUCAUUUCUUUGUCAGUGGGCAAACUUACAAAAUCAGCAGGGGAUCAAAUACUUUUUUCCCUCACUGUAUGUGUUCAUUAUUCUUCCAGGAGCGUUGAAGGAUAUACCUGAUCUAACCAUUUAUCUCUUUGUUGUGGUUUGUCUAACCUACCCUACCUGUGUUGUGUGUGUUCUCUCCACAGUCAUCUCAGUAGAUCGCCUCCAGAAGAUGAACUUUGCCGGAGCCAAGCUCCCUCGCUACCAGUCUCUGAGAGGGCUGAGGCCUCAGGACCAGGAGACGGCCGUCACCCUCCCGGACUCCGUCUUCGAGCCGCCCGUGGAGACCAAGGGCCACCCCCACCUGGACACCUUCCCAGAACCCUCCCUGAGGAACCACACGUCCAACAGGAAGAGGCGCCAUAGAGGUCCUGACGACCCCGAGCAGGAGGCCAUCGCUAGUGUGAUCAUCUUCCACAGCCUGGCCUCGCUGCUGCCUGAGAGCUACGACCCUGAUAAGAGGAGUCUGAGGUGGGAUAGAGAGAGAUUGAGAUCUGAUUCCAUAUUGACCCCUAGCCCCUCUACCUCUAGAUACUUCAUAUAGAUCUAAAACCAUUGGAUACGUAUUGGUUAUAAUAUGGUCAUGGGUCUACCUUUCCCUCAGAUAGGCCAGGUGGAGUUACGUGUGUGUGUGUGUGUGUGUGUGUAUGUACAGUUGAAGUUGGAAGUUUACAUACACCUUAGCCAAAUACAUUUAAACUCAGUUUUUCACAAUUCCUGACAUUUAAUCCUAGUAAAAAUUCCCUGUCUUAGGUCAGUUAGGAUCACCACUUUAUUUUAAGAAUGUGAAAUGUCAGAAUAAUAGUAGAGAGAAUGACUUAUUUCAGCUUUUAUUUAUUUCAUCACAUUCCCAAUGGGUCAGAAGUUUACAUACACUCAAUUAGUAUUUGGUAGCAUUGACUUUAAAUUGUUUAACUUGGGUCAAACGUUUCGGGUAGCCUUCCACAAGCUUUCCACAAUAAGUUGGGUGUAUUUUGGCCCAUUCCUCCUGACAGAGCUGGUGUAACUGAGUCAGGUUUGUAGGCCUCCUUGCUCGCACACGCUUUUUCAGUUCUGCCCACAAAUGUUCUGUAGGAUUGAGGUCAGGGCUUUGUGAUGGCCACUCCAAUACCUUGACUUUGUUGUCCUUAAGCCAUUUUGCCACAACUUUGGAAGUUUGGGGUCAUUGUCCAUUUGGAAGACCAUUUGCGACCAAGCUUUAACUUCCUGACUGAUGUCUUGAGAUGUUGCUUCAAUAUAUCCACAUAAUUUUCCUUCCUCAUGAUGCCAUCUAUUUUGUGAAGUGCACCAGUCCCUCCUGCAGUAAAGCACCCCCACAGCAUGAUGCUGCCACCCUGUGUCAGGAAUAGCUGAAUGUGGAUGUGGUGCAGGAAUCAGGCGCAGGACACAGAAGCUUCGUCCAACACACUUUAGUAGACGAUCAAGCAAAUACAAACGGGCCUCAAAAGAGCCCGGAGGCGAGCGAUUACGCACACUGUGCGUAAACACCGAAAAUACAAAUAAGUGCGCACGCAAGUGCGAAACUCUCCAAAACAAUGGAGCAAAACAAUACGGCACCUGCUGACAGGCGGACAAUUACACACAACACACGACUAACAAAACCAGAACUUAUAGGACACAUAAUUAACACUAAACGGGAACAGGUGUACAACUAAGACAAAACCAAACAAACAUCGAUAACAUACAACGGUGGCAGCUAGUACUCCGGGGACGACGACCGCCGAAGCCUGCCCGACCAAGGAGGAGGAGCAGCCUCGGCCGAAACCGUGACACCCUGUGCUUCACGGUUGGGAUGGUGUUCUUCGGCUUGCAAGCUACCACCUUUUUCCUCCAAACAUAACGAUGGUCAUUAUGGCCAAGCAGUUCUAUUUUUGUUUCAUCAGACCAGAGGACAUUUCUCCAAAAAGUGCGAUCUUUGUCCCCAUGUGCAGUUGCAAACCGUAGUCUGGCAUUUUAUGGCGGUUUUGGAGCAGUGGCUUCUUCCUUGCUGAGCGGCCUUUCAGGUUAUGUCGAUAUAGGACUCGUUUUACUGUGGAUAUAGAUACUUGUGUACCUGUUUCCUCCAGCAUCUUCACAAGGUCCUUUGCUGUUGUUCUGGGAUUGAUUAGCACUUUUCGCACCAAAGUACGUUCAUCUCUAGGAGACAGAACGCGUCUCCUUCCUGAGCGGUAUGACGGCUGCAUGGUCCCAUGGUGUUUAUACUUGCGUACUAUUGUUUGUACAGAUGAAUGUGGUACUGUCAGGUGUUUGGAAAUUGCUCCCAAGGAUGAACCAGACUUGUGGAGGUCUACAAUAUUUUUUCUGAGGUCUUUGCUGAUUUCUUUAGAGUUUCCCAUGAUGUCAAGCAAAGAGGCACUGAGUUUGAAGGUAGGCCUUGAAAUACAUCCACAGGUGUACAACUCCAAUUGACUCAAAUUAUGUCAAUUAGCCUAUCAGAAGCUUCUAAAGCCAUGACAUCCUUUUCUGGAAUUUUCCAAGCUGUUUAAAGGCACAGUCAACUUUGUGUAUGUAAAGUUCUGACCCACUGGAAUUGUGAUACAGUGAAAUAAUCUGUCUGUAAACAAUUGUUGGAAAAAUUACUUGUGUCAUGCACAAAGUAUAUGUCCUAACCCACUUGCCAAAACGAUAGUUUGUUAACAAGAAAUUUGUGGAGUGGUUGAAAAACAAAUUUUAAUGACUCUAACCUAAGUGUAUGUAAAUCUAAAAGCUGAAAUAAAUCAUUCUCUCUACUAUUAUUCUGACAUUUCACAUUCUUAAAAUAAAGUGGUGAUCCUAACUGACCUACAGACAGGGAAUUUGUACUAGGAUUAAAUGUCAGGAAUUGUGAAAAACUGAGUUUAAAUGUAUUUGGCUAAGGUGUAUGUAAACUUCCGACUUAAACUGUAUUUGGGCUGCAAUUUCUGAGGCUGGUAACUCUAAAGAACUUAUCUGCUGCAGCAGAGGUAACUCUGGGUCUUCCUUUCCUGUGGCGGUCCUCAUGAGCCAGUUUCAUAAUGGUGUUUGCGACUGCACUUGAAGAUCUUGAAAUGUUCCAGAUUGCCUGACCUUCAUGUCUUAACAUAAUGAUGGACUGUCGUUUUAUUUUGCUUAUUUCAGCUGUUCUUGCCAUAAUAUGGACUUGGUCUUUUACCAAAUAGGGCUAUCUUCUGUAUACCAACCCUACCUUGUCACAACACAACUCAUUGGCUCAAACACAUUAAGAAGGAAAUAAAUUCCACAAAUUAACUUUAAACAAGGCACACAUGUUAAUUGAAAUGCAUUCCAGGUGAAGCUGGUUGAGAGAAUGCCAAGAGUGUGCAAAGCUGUCAUCAAGGCAAAGGGUGGCUACUUUGAAGAAUCUAAAAUCUAAAAUAUAUUUUGAUUUGUUUAACACUUUCUUGGUUACUACAUGAUUCUAUAUGUGUUAUUUCAUAGUUUUGAUGUCUUAACUAUUAUUCUACGAUGUCGAAAAUAGUAAAAAUAAAGAAAAACCCUUGAAUGAGUAGGUGUGUCCAAACUUUUGACUGGUACUGUAUGUGUAUAUGUGUUUGUAGGGGUUAAGGGAGGAAGAGAAAGAUGGUAAAGUAUAGGAGUGUCAAGGUUGCUGUCUUCUAUGCUGAAGUAUUAUUUAAUGAUGGUUUUGUGUGACGUCCACUAGGGUGCCCAAGCGUCCGGUCAUCAACACCCCGGUGGUCAGCAUCACGGUCCAUGACAACGAGGAGCUGCUGCAGCACACGCUGGACAAACCAAUCACUGUGCAGUUCCGCAUGGUCACCACCGAGGACCGCUCCAAACCCAUCUGUGUCUUCUGGAACCACUCCAUACUGUGAGUUACACACACACACACUAGCUAUUUCAACUUUGAGCUGUAGAAACAAAGGUUUUACAAAGGCUCUAUAAGGGAUUAGGUUGAAACCAAUUAAUCCACCAUUGCAUUGUUUGACUAUUGCAUUGUUUGACUGUUGUUUGUGUUUGUCAGAGCGGGGAACGGAGGCUGGUCAGCUAAAGGCUGUGAGGUGGUGUUCAGGAACAACACUCACAUCAGCUGCCAGUGUUACCACAUGACCAGCUUCGCUGUCCUCAUGGAUGUCUCCAGGAGAGAGGUGAGAGAGGCUACACAACACAACACAACACAACACUCCCCUCAUACUUUCAGACCUAACAUUUCAUACAACACUACAAAACUACUCCAUAUAGACUUCACAUUGUAAACUUUACAUAGAUACCUCAAUAGACCACAGGCCACACCCAAAAGUGGUCUUGUUCACUAUAACGACCAAAAAAACCUCUUCUUCCUCUCUUCCUUCUCAGAACGGUGAGAUCCUGCCGGUGAAGCUGGUGACGUGGAGCACGGUGGGUGUGACCCUGGUCUUCCUCUUCCUCACCACCCUCUUCCUCCUCUGCCUGCGGGCCAUGCACUGCAACAAGACCAGCAUCAUCAACAAUGGAGCCACCGCCCUCUUCAUCUCCGAACUCAUCUUCAUCCUGGGCAUUAACCUGGCAGACAACCCGGUAAACUACUGGAACAAAGUUAUUCUCUGUCUACCUUUGUCCCUCUCUACCUCCGUUCAGCAACAUCACUUUCAAUAUCCUACCUUUCCUUUCAUUUAUAUUUGGAAUGGGUGUCUGACAUAUGGAUCUGAUUCAAAACAAUGGAAAAAAAUAAGCAAAACAUUCAGCCCAUUUUGAGCCCUGUCAUAUCCAGUAUAAUAAGCGCUCUCUCUCUCUCUCUACGUCUCUGUCUCUGUCUGUGUGUCUAGUUCGUGUGCACAAUCAUCGCCAUCCUGCUGCAUUUCUUCUACCUGUGCACCUUCUCCUGGCUCUUCCUGGAGGGCCUACAUGUCUACCGCAUGCUGAGUGAAAUACGAGACAUCAACUACGGACCCAUGCGCUUUUACUACAUGAUCGGCUGGGGCGUGCCAGCCUUUAUCACAGGUCUGAACAAUACACACACACACGCUUGCAUACACAAACACACAGACACACAAUGCCAACUCAUCAUGUAUCCAGUUAGACUGUAGUUAUUUUAUAGUUACUAGUGUUUGUUUGUUGUGUUGUCCAGGCCUGGCGGUCGGACUGGACCCAGAGGGUUAUGGGAACCCAGACUUCUGCUGGCUGUCCAUGUACGACACUCUGAUCUGGAGCUUGGCAGGGCCCAUCGCCAUGGUGGUGUCUGUGAGUACACUCCACCUCUCUAAUACAGUGUAUUAUAUUAUAUUCAUAUGAUGUGGUGUGUAAUCUUUGUGUAGUUUGUGUUCAAUAUCAGUAGCUUAUAAUGUAUUAUUAUGGUGCAUUAAUACAUUGUUUGAUUGUGUUUUGUGUUUUCCAGAUGAACAUCUUCAUGUACAUCCUGGCCUCCAGAGUAUCCUGCUCCAUAAGACACCACAGCUUUGAGAAGAAAGAGCCCCCUGUGUGAGUGUCCUGCCGCUGCCUGAAUAAAAACACUAGGGAAACUACACUCAUUCUGUCAUUAACACAGGCAUGCUGUUGUACCCCAAGGAAACAUGACUACAGCACUUUAGGCACCACAAGAGUGUGCAUUGUCUCAUUGAAUUGAGAGUGAAGCUGCCAAUUCACUAAACUGUUGAUGUUGUUGGCUCAUAAAGGCCAAAAACAUAUUUCUAUCAACUCUGAAAACGCACUUAUCCUAAUGUAACCUUUGUGGUGUUCUCAUCUAACCUGUGUGUGUGUGUGUGUGUGUGUGUGUGUGUAGCUCUGGGCUGAGGACUGCGUGUGGGGUUCUCCUCCUGGUCACUGUAACAUGUCUGUUAGCUAUACUCUCAGUCAACAGUGACAUGAUCAUCUUCCACUACUUGUUUGCUGGAUUCAACUGUCUCCAGGUAAACACUUUUUUUCUCUCAUUUGUACCAGGAAUCAGUAUCCUUGCUCCAUUGGUUUCUUUAACCUCCUCUUCGUUUGGUCUAUCCUUCCAGGGUCCCUUCAUCUUCUUCUUCCGCAUCGUCUUCAACAAGGAGGCCAGGAACGCCAUGCGCUACUGCUGCAGCCGCAAGCGCCCAGAUCACAUGAUCAAGUCCAAGCCCUCUGUGAGUCUCUCCCACUAUAUAGGGACACCAGUCUUCCAAGGUCUUAGUAGAACAGGAACUAGUACAGAUAUUUCCAGUGAAGGCCUCCAUAUCAUGGCAUUUAGGUUUGGCCUUUUAUUACCAAGGACAUUAACUAAAGCAUCAAACAAAUAAAACAGAAUUUGGUAUGAUGAAUUAUUGCCUAUUAACUCAUACCUCUCCUAUUUUCUCCCUCUCCUCAUCCUCCUCCUCCAGUCAUAUAACUGUAACACCAGCUACAUGGAUGGCAGACUGUACCACCUGCCGUUUGGAGACUCCAGUGUGUCUCUGAACGGCACCCUACAGAGCGGCAAGAGCCAGCAGAGCUACGUCCCCUUUGUCCUCAGGUACAGCAAGCCCAGAGGGACAUAACAGGCCCCAUGGACACACGCUGUUCAGGGCCUCCUGCAUCAUUGUGUGCUAGAAAAAAGUGUGCUUUACAAAUUCAUUGAAAAAGUGUGUUUUAUGAUGGUCCAUUAUGUACUGUAAAACAGUAGAACAGCCCUUUCAGAUCCACAUAGUAACUUUCAUUGAGGAGAUGAGGGCUUUGUGUUUGUACGUUUAUGUCCUGUUACAAGUCCUGUUGUGUUUUUCAGGGAUGAUAGUGGCCUGAAUAACAGCCAGGCACACAUCGCUCUGAAUGAGCACGGCUCACUCUUCCAUCAAACUAAAGAGCAUUUAGAUGGUAGGUCUCCCAUUCUAAUGUCAUUAGGAUCACUGUGACUGCCUUUAGCAGAGAGGCAUACAGAGGGUUCAUUUCAUAUGGUUAAUAUAUGUAUAAAAAAUAUAUAUAUAUCUGUGCAAUUCUCAUUGGUCAUCAUCUUAACAUGUGUUUGUGCAACAACCACAGAUCACGACUCGGACUCGGACAGUGACCUAUCUCUGGAGGACGACCAGAGCGGCUCAUACGCCUCCACACACUCCUCUGACAGCGAGGAGGAGGGGCCCUACCCACCAGAGGAAUGCUGGGAAAGCAUGGCCUCCAACGUGUCCAAGAGACCACACCCUCAUGGUAUGACCUCACACCUAUAAUCAGCCCAGUCACCCACACAAUAUAAUCUCUAUACGACCUCACUCCCUCACACCCAGUAGACCACACCAACAUGGUGGUCGUGUUCCCCCUGCUUAGACGUUGCAUGCAUCAACCAGUGGUUGCGUGCCACGUCAUAGACUGCUGUUGGGCAUCAGAUUGCUAUAACAUAUGAUGUGGUUAGCUGAUACGUAAAAUACCUAUCCAGGCGUUGUAAGAUUUGGCAUCACACCUUCUUGAUAAGACUGCUCCCACACUUCUGUUUAAACAGUUCACCACACCCAAACAGCACACACAUACCAGACAUCCCUUCAAUAGACUACACCUACACUGUAUACAGUUGUCCGGGAGUAAAUAAAUCCACUUCUGAGCAAUACAUGAAUGUUAUGAAUCUUACUUAAACAUCUAUUAAUAAGACUUACAUGACCAGAUUAUGGUCUUGAAAGACCACAGCUUACACCAUGAUUUAAUGCAUCAAGCAUGUAAGAUGUAGUCUUAAAGUUGUGUCUGGUUGUUCCCCAGAUAACAACCUGAGUAAGCUGUUCUGGCCAGGGGAGUAUGUGACGACAGCCAGCGACAGUGAGGGCCUCGGGGGAGCAGACAGGCUGAAGGCACAGUCUCUGGCCAACCCUGAGCUGGGCCAGACCCGGGACAACCGAGGCAUGUCAGACGAAAGGCCAGGGGACAAGGCAGAGAGCUAUGGGAAGGACAACGUGAUGCUGCUACUUCCCAGUCAGCCCAACCUCCAUGCACUCCCACAGAAAGGUCAGCAACAAACCCAAACAUCCACAUGUUGUUGUUAGUUCAACUUUAUAUCUUUGUAGGGGUGGGCUUUCCAGAACAUUGGAAUUGUUUAUGAGAGGAUGUGUCUUUUCACAUACAGGAAUCCUGAAGAAGAAACAGCUCUCCCCCAUCGCGGAGAGAAAUGGUAUCAACCGCAUCCAUAACGAGCUGUCGAAGAACGCUCCGGGCCAUGCCUCCUCUCAGGGCUCCUCCUCCGGUGAGCGCCGAGGGGGCCGGGCCAAGCCCAGCCUACCAGAUCAGCUGAAUGGUGUCGCCAUGAGCAUCAAGGCGGGAACAGUGGACGGUGACUCGUCAGGAUCAGAGUGAGUGUCAUCCAACACAGAGCACCAAACAUGACCCAGGUCCAAGCAUAAUACCCAGAAUACACCAAUCUGUCUGAACACAACCCAGAAUAGAUCACAAACACAUCAACUCAUACAGUACAACACAAUGUCAUAUAAUCAAAGCAACAGCCCUUAGAUGGAAGUUAAGAGAUUUCUCAGUACUUAUUUAUUUAAAUGUUGCUUUAUGUGUUGCUGGAUACAGUAUGUUAUAUUUUCUGUUUAACAGUCUGCCAGGUUGAUGUGUGAGAAUUGAUGUCCCACUGAAUGUAUCUUGCUGCUGUCUUCAGUAUGUGUCGUCUCCCCCACACCAUUGUGUGUAGUCCCCUGUCCUCCUCUGACUAUGUAGUGUUGAUGUUAGCAUGCUGGCUUGUCAAUAGUCCAAUACAUACAGUACCGUCACAUUCUCAUCAAUGAGCUCAGACACCAAUGUGGAAAGAUCUCAAACAACUUCCAUGAUCAGGUGAUUUUAUUCUAUUGGGAACAAAAUACUGUAUUUUCAAAAUACUGUUAGUUCCAUAAACAGAGGGACUUGGUAAAAGCUCAUUUCAACAAGUUAGAUUGUAUAUUAACACUUUUUUUUUUUAGCUUUGUUCGCUACCAUUAUACAAACUGCUAGAAACAAGUGGCUUUAAAGUGCCAAUCAGCAGUCAACAAUAACAAAGCGUUCUCCCCGCACCUGUUUUGUAAAAAAGAUGAGGGAUGGGGCUGGAGAAAUGUAACCACUCUCAAAUUCAUAGAUAGAGCUAUGGAUGCAAGGACUGACCAUCCAAGAUAUCAAAAUUAUAGUUUUAACUAUGUUGUGAGGCUAUAUAGUGUUUGUUAACAUUUACUUUGUUCAAAAACAUUGGAUUAAAACAAGCUUAUAUUUUGGGUUCUGAUGGGGUACGAGGCAUUUCUAAGUUAUAUCAUUAAUUUAUAGGUCCAAAAAAUGUAUGCAGCAACUGCAGAUUGCAACUUUAAUUGUGAGGCAAUAUCAUUUUAUUAUGAAGAGUUUCUACAGUGCAGAGUCUUGUUGCUUUCUAACCACCCUUCUCUGUCCUCUCUCUCUCCAAAAACCAUAGAUUCUUAUUCUUUAAUUUUAUUCACUGAAGUACUUGAUCCUCAUUUGAAAUCAGGAUCACUGUCUUCAUGUCGUUGGAUCAUUCAGCAUCCUUCACUCCUUACAACCAAAAUAAGAAUCCCAUAUGUGGUUAUCACCUCUCACACUGUGUGUACGUACUGUGUGUGUGAAACAUUCUCAUUCAUUUUUUCUCCCUGUUCCUUCUGUUUUCCCUGUGUUGUGUUACGUUUGUCACUGACACCCCCCCCCCCAUCACCCUGUUUUCCCAGCAGCCACCGCAACACAUAUGAGCAGGCUGACGGAGGGGUGUGUCUUUGCAGGUCAUAGAGCCUCGCCCCUCAUCGCCACGCCUACUUUUCUCUAAGUGACAGGAGCUGAUGUCUGAGGAGACGCAGAGCGUUGGACUGUCCUCACCUGGAGAUCCAUGGAGUACCCUCUCUCUUCCCCCUCAUUUUUUCAGAGGGUGUGUGUGUGUGUGUGUGUGUGUGUGUGUGUGUGUGUGAGAGAGAGAGAACCACACCUCAGGAGUCUCUGCACUGGCCCAGGCUUGAGAGCACUAAUGAAAUGAGUCUCUUUCUCUUUAAAAAAUAUAUAUUUCAUUGUUUGUUUACAUACUUGAAGCGAUGCACUUUUUUAAUCAUUUAAACUGCCCGACCAGAUGUGCUGGUAGUCAACUGGAGCAGAUGUUCUGUUUUUUUUUAUUGUGGUUGUUUUUAUGUUUCAAACUCCGGAGAUACGGAACAAUGAAUAAGUCCUCCUUUGGCUGGGUCAUUUAGCUGUAAGAUCUUUACAUGUUCAGGGAAUUUCCUCAUCUAGUUUGUAAUCUCAGAAAGGGUCGCCUGUACAGUUGUUGUUUUGUUAGAGGAUUUAGUUGUUCUACUGAGGGCUGAGGCCAGUUUGAGUUUUGCUGCAGUGUAGAGAGGACUCACUCUUCUCCACUCCAGUCUCAGGACGCUGCCAGCCUGAGCUGGUGGACAGGAAGAGCAGUCAGUCCAACAUGUCCCCAGAC